AUUAUUUUUUAUAUCAAAAAACAUCAAUUUUAGUAUUUGUUGGGCGGUUUUGUUGUUGAUAAAAUUACACAAUCAACAAUCUACCAGCCCUCAAAUCACGUGUGAAAACUCUUGAAGUGAUAUUUAAUGUGAAAUUAUAUUAUUAUCUUACCAAGAGAGAGAAAAAAAAAUUCUUCUUUACCUUCAGAGUGAAUGUCGGAAAAAUUGAUUUUUCCAGCUCGUUUUCUGUGACGUUUUAAAUUGAAGUUAAGAAAAGCGAAAUAUUAUCGCUUGAAAAGUGGAAAUAAAUCAAAUAAAAGAAAAAGUUAUUUUUGUUAAUAAAAUAUUAUCAAACAAUGUUGCAAUAUGGAACACGGAAAUAACCGAAAAUAUGAUAAUAAGAAACAUGACGAAGGUCAAGGCCACGAUCAAACAGAUCGAGCCGAAAGUUAUCCGCGAACUUUACCUCGUAAGACGGUGAAAACUUAUCUUUAUCAUGAGACUAGUCCUGGCUUUGAGCGAGUAGAUUCGCCAAGUCGAGAUGAUUCCGCAUAUUUUACAUUCCCCCAUCACGGAUCUACAUCACGAUCCUUUUCAAAGUCAUCUUCAGCUGCAUCAAGUGAUCGUUUUCCAUCGGAGGAAAGUCUCCGAUCACCAACAUCACCCGACUCGUCAUCGAGUAAGAAAGUCCAUUCCACGCUUAUAAGAAUUCAUUUGGGUGGCGACGAAAAAAAGUUGCACCAUGAAUGGUACUCCGAAUACACUCACCAGUCGCAUCAACAUAAGCAAGCUUUUAGUUCGCCUCUUGCAAACAGAUCAGCGAACUCGAGUAGUCAGUUUGAAUAUGAUUCGCAUAUUGCACAAAUGAGAGAUGAACAAGAACGAGUUCAGAAGAAGACUUUUGUCAAUUGGAUCAACUCAUAUCUCGCUAAACGUCAUCCACCAAUGCGCAUCGAGGAAUUAUUUUAUGAUUUGCGUGAUGGAACCAAGCUUCUUGCCUUAUUAGAAAUCUUAUCAGGUGACCGACUUCCUGUUGAAAAGGGAAAGAAUAUGAAACGUCCACAUUUUCUUAGCAAUGCUAACACUGCAUUGCAGUUUUUAGCAAGCAAAAGAAUAAAGUUGGUUAACAUUAAUUCAGCUGAUUUAGUUGAUGGAAAACCAGCUGUCGUCUUGGGCCUUAUUUGGACAAUCAUCUUGUACUUCCAAAUUGAAGAAAAUAGUCGAAUCUUGGAUUACAUGUCACCCGAACCGAGGGCUUCAUCUAGUCGUCAGACACCUUCGGAAGCUUCACGUGAAGGACCCAAGAAAUCACUUUUAUCUUGGGUUUCCAAAACAAUUCCCAGCAACUUGGGAAUUGAAGUGAAAGAUUUUGGUCCAAGUUGGAGAGAUGGUUUCGCAUUCAUGGGCUUAAUCAACGCAAUAAAUGAGAAUCUUAUUGACAUCGAUAAUUAUCGCAAUGCCACAAACAAAAAUCGUUUGCACACAAGUUUCAAUGUUGCUGAAAGUGAGUUGGGAAUACCAAAACUUUUGGAUCCUGACGAUGUUGAUUUGCCCAAGCCAGAUGAGAGAAGUGUCAUGACUUAUGUUGCUCAGUUCCUUCAUAAAUAUCCAGAACCAAGAUCCUAUCAAUCAUCAUCGUCAACAGAUAAUCUUCAGAGCAUUCAAAACAUUCUUCAAUGGAUGCGCGAACAGAUAAUCAAAUAUGAUAACAUGAAUGGUCAAUAUCCUUUAGAUGUUGAGAUGUAUCAACAAGCUAUAGCGAUGAAUAAUCAAAAAUUCAAUGCUUAUGAUAAACUUAAACUUGUAUCCAAAGUGCCAGAUCAAACAUUGAUUGAAGUGAACGAUUCGAAGAAACGUUUGAUUCAAUUGAUGGACGAGUGGAAGAAGUAUAUUGAUUACAAUCUUCCAGGGGAAUUGAAGACUAUUGGAGUGUGGCUUAAUCAAGCUGAGAAAAUUCUCGCUGACAACGAACUGCCAACAGCGAUGAAUGAAGAAACUGCCGCUUUUAUAAGUAAGAAAAUUGAACAGCAUAAGAAAUAUUUUGCUGCCUAUCCCGAUGUUCUCGACAAGUUCAACAGCAUUAAAAUCAGCUCACAAUAUCAAAACAUAUCACCGAAGAUUUUUGAAUUUGUCGAACGUCGUUUGCUCGAUGUUGAACCAAAAGCUCGCCAAAGACGCAUCAAACUUAAAUACACCGAACACAAAUGUUGUCUUAUUGCGUUUCUUAAUCUUUUGGAAAAUAAAAUCUCAAGUGUCCGUUAUGGUGAUGAAGAUGUCGUCAAACAUUCAUUGGAUCAAAUCAGAAGCUUUUUGACACGAAAUAAAAUCGUUGAAGAGUUUGAGAAAGCUUUGAUUGACAUGCAUCAAGUGAUUGAAGAAUACAAAGUUGAUGGUGAUUUAUCACGUAAAGAUUUGUUCGAUAUUGAAACGUUCAUCAAUGAAACUGAAAAUCGAUGGAAGAGCGUUUCAACUGGUCUCAAAUGCACGGAGACUAUGUUGGAAGAGACUCUUAAUCAUUGGAAGAAAUACAAUGCAACAUCGAGAAGUCUUAACUCAUGGAUGGAUGCAGCUGAAAAUGCACUCGGCUAUCCUGAAAUGGAACGUUUAGAGUUCUUCCAAGACAUCGCUCUAGUCAAGAAAAACUUCGAUUCAGUUCAAGAUUAUUAUAAUUUCUUGAAAGCAACAUGCGAUAAGGAAACUGUUCAUGCUUUGGAUCAUGACUAUAAUGCGCUUUGCCAACGAUGGGAUGGAAUUUAUCGAUUUGCCAAGCAAUACACGCAUGCUGGUGAUAUUCUUAAGAAUCGUCAGACAUACGAAAAAGGAAUUCAACAACUUUGCAGUUGGUUGCGCAAUGCUGAAAAUGUUCUUAACCGGCAAAACUUAAACACUGCAGACCAAAUCAAAGAACAACAAGAACAAUUGAAACAAAUCAGUGGAGAAUUGGAAGAUAUGGAAGAUCUUUUCAGAAAUAUUAGUAAAUCUUUCCAAACUCUCAUUCCUGAUAUUUCACGUGAUGAAGUUGAUCGCAUCAUGAAACUUUUAAAGAAAGAAAAAGAAUCGCUCGUAAGAGUGCGAGCUCAAGUGCCUUUGAAGAUGCAAUUAUAUCAUCAAUUGUUGUCACAAAAAGAAUCUAUCGAAUUGGGACAACAAGAGAUCACACAGUGGCUUGACGAUGCUGAAAAUCUUUUGAGUACUUACAGUCUGGCAACAAGAAAGAGUCAAACAAUAUCGCAACUUGAAAAGCAUAAACAAUUCUUUGCGAAAACUUUGUACUAUAAGUCAAUGUUGGAAAGUAAAAAUGCUGUUCUACAAAAUCUUUUAAGAGCAGCCGAUGUUGAGAAGAAUAUCGACACAGAAUCGGCACAAAACCAAAUGGCAAGUAUCAAUGAACGAUACAAUUAUGUUGUCAGCAAUGCUGUUCAAUGGGAGCGUAAAUUGAAUGAAAUUAUCAGUUGUUGGAAUAAUUUCGAGGAGAAUGAGAAGCAACUUGCUGAUUAUUUGAAGAAAGCAAAUCAUUGGCUUACUCAACCAUUGACCGACAACCGUGAAGAUCUUGAAGCGCAAAUGAACUUUUUCGAAAGUAUUAGUGACAAGCCUGUAAGAGAUUUCAUUGAAGCAGCCAAUGAAUUGUCACAAUAUUUGCCAAAUGCUGGUAAACACGAUGUUGUUGAGAUCGUGGAUAAACUUCAAUUGAAAUGGAACAACCUCAUCACGAUUGUGCCUUUGCACCUUAUGAAAAUUCAUUUUCAUACUGAAAAUAUAAAAUUCACUCAUUUGGUGCGCGACAUUGAAAAGGAAUUAAAUUAUGAAGAGCAAGCUUUUCAUCGCAAUGAAAAUUUGGAUGAUUUACUCUCGCAACAUAUUCAGUUCUUCCAAGAAAGUCCCGUCAUGAAGACAGCUGAACUUUCAUUAUCAAACAUGCACAACAUUUUGCAUCAUUACAACACAGAACUUCCAAACGACAAGGAAUUAACCAACGCUUAUCAAAAUAAGUCAAUUGUUUGGCAGAAUCUAUGCAAACGUGUUGCGAUCAUACUUAACGAUCUUCAACAAAUUCCCGAUCAAUGGAAAAAUUAUCGACAAAAGUUUUCGCAAAUUGAACGAUGGAUGGACAAUGUUGAAGUUUCUUUGGAAAGUCUAACGAAAGAAUUAAAUUCUUUAGAAGAGUUUGAACAAGAAAAACUCGCUUUCCAGAAUAUUUGUACCGAAGCUGAUUCAAAGCGUGAAGACAUGAAAUGGCUUCUGAAGACUUUAGAUUUUCUUGUUUCACAUGCCCCUGAAGAUGUUGUUCAUGCUGAACAAAAGAAACUUGAAGAACUCGUUGCAAGAUAUAAAGUUUUGAUACCGACAAUCGAACUCACAAUGAUAAAGACAGAAGUCUUCUCAAAAUGUUACACAUAUCGACAAGAUGUCAGCACAAUUGUUGCCUUACUUGAGAAAAUCUCAGAUCAAGCUGCUAGUCAAACAGAAGUUCAACCGGAAAGUUUGAACAAUGUUAAGCAAAUGAUUAAAGCUCAAGAGUUUGCCAUGAAUCAAUUGGAUAAUCAACGUGGGCAUGUUAUGACGAUGCUUCAACGUGGUAAAGAUUUGAGUAAAGAUGUUCACGCUCCAAGCUUCAUAACUGAAGAAGUUAAGAGUCUUGAAGAUGGUUGGAAUCAAACCUAUGCUACUACUCAAGAAAAGCUCAACACAUUGAAGAAUGUAGAAAAUAUUUGGCAACAAUUCGAUAAUCAAAAACGUGAAAUUGUCAAUUUGAUUAAUCUUGCUGAAACUGAAUUACGGUCAGUUACGCCUUUGCAGACGAAUCCAACAAAUUGCAUCACUGAUCUUCAGAAUAAACAACAACUUCAAAUGCACUUACAAAAGUCAGCUUUUCCUAUUUUCUCGAAACUUGGUGAACAUUACGAAGCUUUAGUUGCAGAAACUCCAGUUAAGGAACAAGCUUUUGUGAAAGAAGUCAACGAUUUAAAUCAAAGAUUUGCUAUGACUUUGGAUCAUUUGAAAGAUCGUGUUGAUUAUUUAGAGAAUUAUAAUUCACGAUGGAAUGACUACAAGAAACGUCUUGCAGAUUUACAUGCCUGGGCAACACAAUUUGCGCCACAAGUUAUCGAUGCACUGAAAUCAGCAGAUUUACCACCAGAAGAAAGAAAGCAACGUCUUGAGAAGCUUGAAGCCGAUUUUAAUGAAAAAAUGAAAACUUUCGAGCUUCUGUCAAGUGAUGCAUUUGAUUUAGCACCUAAAGAAGGCAACAUUAUGGAAGCGAAAAAAUUAAAGAACGAAGUUAGAAGCCUUCAUGCUACUAUGAAUGCGAUCAACAACGCAAUUCAAAGCAACGCUCAAGUCAUUAAUCAAGAUUUAUCUCAUUGGGAGAAAUAUCAAUCGCAAAUCAACGAAAUUAAACCAUGGGUUGACGACACACCAAAAUCUAUGUCUAUAGAAGAUUAUCAACCAACAGUGUUAAACGACGCUAAACAAUUUCAUAAUGAAAUUGAACUUUACAAACAACAAUGUCAAAAGAAAAUUGCAAAGCUCGAUGAAAUCGCUAAAAUUGGUGAAGAAAUUCAACUCAAUGAUUUCUUACCCAACGACAUUGAGUUCUAUCAAGCAAAAUGGAAAAAAGUACAAGAUAAUUCGAAUAUUUUGGCUGGCAAGAUGGGAACAUUAAUAAAUAAUUGGCAACAAUUUAACAAUCAAGCUGAAGAUUUAGAUGCUUGGAUAAAUGAGAGCAAUAAUUACUUGAAAGAGUUCGAUGGAGUUUCUGAAACAGGCAUUGAUGAGCUUGAGAAACAUCUCAAUACCAUGAAAUUCUUUGAAAAUGAGAUAUCCGAAAAACAAUCAAAUCUCAUCGCUUUGAAUCAUUUAGGGGAGAAGCUUUACGGCCACUUGACACCAGAUGGCGCUUCACUCAUUAAAGAGAAGCUUAAGAUCAUGAAGGAACAAAUGGAUGCGAUUUCAAAGAAAGUUGGUGAUCAAAUCAAUGGAAUUGGAAAUAAGAUUCAAGCGAAUCAAGAGAUUACAUCAAAGCUUACCAAUUUUAAUAAUUGGAUGGAGAAUUUAAGAAAGAAUGCGUUUGAUGUUGACGAUGUUUCUAUAAGAAAUAUUGAACCAUCUUUGCAAGUCAUUCAUUCAUUACUCGAGCAGCACAACGAGCGUGAAGCAGCUUUUAAUGAAAUUUAUUCGGAAAUUAAGAAGUUGACAGAAACAGCUACACCAAGCGAAGCUAAAGUUCUAAAUGAUACUUACAGUGCCUUAUCGAAAGGCUAUCAAAAUCUUAACAAUGAUUUGUACGAUAAACGUGAAUAUUUAGACAAGUGGGUGGAAUUUUUGCAUUGGAUUGAUGACACUAAAGAUUUUGUGAAGCAUCAUGGAAAACAGAUAUCUGAUGCUUCAACAUUCUCACCAGGUGAAAUUGAACAAAUUUCUUCAAGCAUCACAGAAAAUCUGAAACAAAUUCCACAAUGGAAAACAGUUGCAACUGAAUUAGAUGCGAAACCAAUUGUAUGUGUCAAGAAUGAUUAUGAUAAACAAGAACAUGCUAUGCCAAUCAUUAACAGUCUUGAAACUGAAUUGGAAAAUCUUAAAGAGAAAUGCGAUGCAAAACUCAACAAGAACAAACAAAUUGAUGAGAAGAAAAUUUUGUUUAAGAAUCUUGAAAAGGAAAUCAUCAGCAAUCUUAAUGGAUUCACGACAGACAUUAACAAUCUUCAUCAAAAAGUUGAUGAUAGAGAUAUUACAUUUGAUGAAGCUCUUGGAGGGUUCAAUAAUUUAAAAGAUAAUUUAUCAAAGUGCCAUGGAUUAAUUAAUAAAAUUCAUCAAGAAGGAAAUGCAUUGAUCAAAGACGACUUCAAUGACAUGAUAAAUGUUCAAGAGAUCUUGAUGGUUCUCGAUAGAGAAUACAAUAACUUGAACGAUAAUUGUGAUGAGUCAAUUCAAAACUACGCUUUAUUGAGUAAGGCUACAAAUGAUCACAAGAAAAUGAUUGAAAAAGCAAAGAAUGAUAUCAAGAACAUCCCAGUUAUAAACGAUCAUGAAAUUCUAACAAAUGACACUGCAAAGUCAAUUCUUGACGCCAAUCUUGAUACAUUUAAACGACAAUUGGAUCAACUUAAGAAAAUCAAACUUCAAGUUGAUGAUGUUGAUCGCAAGGGAAAUGAAAUUGUAAAAUUCUGCGAAAAUAUUCGACGUACACCUCCAAAUGUACAAGAACCAGCUCAAGAACUCAAAAAUUUGUGGAAUGAUGCAAAUGAGAGAAUUUCAUCACAUGUUAUGUUAUUCGACAAUGUUUCAUCACUUUGGCAGCAAGUUGAUGGUGCUGCGAAUGAAAUUAACAAUUGGCUAGAUGACAUUGAUGAAAUAAUAACUGAAUCAACUGAAAAUAAGAAAGAAGUUGAAAGUGGAUUCAUGCGAAUGAAUAAAUAUAAAAUUGAACUUCCAUCAUACACAAAUCUCAAAGGAGAAAUGGAAAAUAAAGUUGAAGAAAUCAAAAAGAUUCAAAACCUCAACUUGGAACCAAAACAAAUCAAACACACGAUGCAGAUAAUCAAUGAUCGCUUUGCUGAAGUUGAUGAUCGUGUCAAGAACUUGGAAAAUAUCGCGUCGACUUUUUCACAAGAAGAAAAAGAUUUCAAACUCAAAUUGAAAGGAAUUAAUGAAAAUAUUAAUAAAACACGCGAUAAAAUCAUUGAAUGCGAUGAUACAUCAGGAGAAAUUGAGAAAAAUGUUGAUAACUUAAACAAAUGUUAUUUGGUUGAUAAAAGUUUGGAUGAUAACAAGAAAGAACUUGCAAGCCUAACAACAUCCUUGCAAAGCUUAUAUGAAAAGUUCCCAAGCGUUAAAGAAUCAGCUUUGCCAAAGGAACUCGAAAACAUUAAGAAACGCCACGACGUUUUAGUGAAGAAUAAUGAGAAGAACAAGAAAAAUCUUUCCAAUCAUAUUGAGAAGAGUAUCAAGGAUAGAAUUGUUGGAUGUUCGAAAUUGAUUCAACAGCAAAAUGAGAAAGUCAAAUGGUGUAAGCCAGACGCAGCUAGUGACAAAUAUAACUUGGAAGUUAAGUUAAGCUCUUUAGCUGAAGUUGAGAAGUUCAAUGGUGAAUGUCAGGAAAAGCUUCAAGGAAUCGACAAAUCUCUCGCAACAGCUCAAAAGAUUCCAAAAUUAAACAUCGAAGAUUUAGAAGAUUUAAGGAAUCAAGCGCAGGAUAGCUUUGAUCAGCUUGUGUCGGAACAUGAUGAUGUUAAACAAGCUUUAGAAGAUAACAUCGCAUUGUGGAGUCAAUACGAAACAUUAUCAGAUUCUCUUUUAGCAAAUAUCAAAGAAAUUGAAGAUAAAACAAAAUCUGAAACUGCUUACCAAAUCGAUCUUUUCACUAUUGAUGAUAAGCUGAGUAAUCUUCAAAACUACAAGAAACAAAUUGAUGCUUUGAAGCCGAAACUUCAACAGUUAGUUAAACUUGGAAAUGCAAUCAAUGAUAAGAAUAAAGAAGCUCACAUCACUCAAGUCGUUAAUCAAACAUCUGCCAGAUACAACACAGUGUCAAAUCUCAUUAAUACAAUUUGUGAUCGCUUAGUCGAUUAUAAAGAGAAAUUUGCAAUUUACAACGACGAGAAUGCAAAGUUCACUUCAUGGUUGAAUGAAACAAAAGCAAAUACUGACAACUUGAGUAAACUUGCCGAACCUGGAGCUGCAUCUUCAAAAGUUCAACUUCAAGAUUUGAGAGUUUUACUUAAUCAAAUUGUAGCAAGAUUCGAUGAAUUAAAAGCUUUGAAUGAAAAAGGCGAAGCUUUGUAUACUGGCGUAACACUCGAAAGCCGUGAAGGCAUCAGAAAGAAUUUAAAACAAUUAAGAAACACUUACGAAACUAUGCACAAGAAGCUCAAUUCAUUGAUUAAGAAAUUGGAUUCGAAUAUUUCACAAAAAGCUUCAAUUGAGGAAAAUCACGAUCAGAUCAAACAAUGGUUGACAGAAAUGUCGCCGAAAGUUAUCACAAAUGAACUUUAUCCGACACUUCCUGAAAAGAAAGCAGCGUUACACAACAACAAAACUUUUCUUCAAGAUGUGGCUUUACAUAAAGGUUUACUUCAACAACUUGAAAGUAAAGCUUCAAAUAUUUCCGACAAAGAUUCUUUGCAAAGAAUUAAAGCAACAGCAAAAGAAUACGACAACUUGAUGGAAACGAUUGAGGGAAGAGUUGCAACAUGCGAUGAUUACAUUAACAAUCAUGAGCUUUAUGACAGUAACAUUGAAGCUUUUCGUGAUGAAAUUCUCGGCUUGAAGAACAGUUGGGAAGAUGCAAUUGUUGAGUCUGUUGAGCCAAAAGUUAUCAGCGAGAAUAUCGUUUUUACUCAAAACCUCAUCAACAAGAAGAAACCGAUUGACGACAAACUCGAUCAAUGUUACAAACAAUUGAAUGUUGUUAUAAAUCAAACACACGAGAAAGGUCAUCCAGAUUUGUUCAAUGCUUUCAAAGAGCAGAAAGACGAUUGGAUGAAAUUCAUUUCGUUGUGUGAAGAGACAAAGAAGAAGUAUGAAAUCAUGAAAGGUCAAUGUGACAAAUUUAAUGACGUUUUUAGUGAUCUUUUGAAAUUCUUGAAAGAAAAAGAAGCGAUCAUCAAAGAUCAGAAUCUAAAGAGCGGUGCAGAAACGAAAUUGGAACACUUAAAUAUGCUUAAAAAUCUUUUACAAGAAAUUAAGACGAAGGCAACAAAAUUGUCAAAGAUUCAUGACGAUAUCCGUGAACUUCCCACUGACAAUGACUACAAUGUGAAGUUAUCACAAAUCAACACACGCUUCCAGACAUUGGAGAAUGCUUGUAAAGAUUCUAUAAAUCGUUAUGAGAUGUUCUCAAAUGAUCACAUGAUCUUCAAUGAUAAUUACGAAGAGUUCAAACAGGAAUUAGUUCAAGAUUGCAAGAAUCUUAAAUUCAACUGCGACAUUAUUGGUAAUCUUGAUGGUCUUCAAGAAGUUCAACGUCAGGUUAAAGAACUUCAAGAUAAACAAAACAAUGAUAAUGUCACUUUUGAGCAGUUGAUAACACAAGGAGAAAAUUUGUACUCCCACACAAAUCCAGACGGUCGGGAACAUGUGAGACAGCAAUUGAAAUCUCUUAAAACUGAUUGGGAUAAUUAUUCAGAGGAUUUAUUGACACUUGCACAAAAAGUUGAUCAAUGCGUUCAACAAUUUGCUGAAUUCACAGAAUCACAAGAACAGCUUUCAAACUGGCUGAAAGAAGUUGAAAAAUCGAUUCAAUCUCACACUGAACUUCGAUCAACAUUGCAAGAAAAGAAUCUUCAACUUCAGAAUCAUAAAUUGAUGCAUCAAGAAAUUUUAUCACAGUCAAGUCUUGUCGAUAACGUUUGUGACAAAGCACAACAGUUAAUUAAUGAAACAAAAGAUGAAAAUAUCACGAAAUAUUUAGAUUCGAUAAAAGAUUUGUUUAAGAAUAUUGUAACCAAAUCUGCAGAUCUUCUCAAUAAACUCGACGAGUCAGUUUCUAGUCAUAAAGCUUACAACACACAAUUAUCAGCAACAAAAGCUUGGAUAAAUGAUGAGAUUGAGAAACUUUUACUUUGCGAAACUAUUCAAGGAGAAAAGAAUGAAAUUGGAAAGAAAAUUGAGAAACUUGAAGCAAUCAAAGACAACAAACCGAAUGGAGAAAUUUUAAUGAAGAAUCUUUCGGACAUUUUCGAGAAAGUUUCCAUUAACACAUCGCCGAAAGGCAACGAAGCUUUACUCAAAGAGCUCAGUGAUCUUCGUGACAAAUUUACAAAUAUUUAUGACGUUGCUGAUAGUUUGUUGAAGAAACAGAAAACUACUCUUGAGAAUUGGCAACAGUUUGAUGAACAAAAUGAUGAACUCAAGAAGUGGUGCAAGAGUUACGAAACAAUCUUUAAAGAAUUGCCACAAAAGAAUAAUUUGCAAGAGAAAGAAACUUUAUUGAAGCAAUUUAAAGAUCAUCAAGAUAGCAUCGCUCAAAAAGAAUCUAAAAUUGACGAAUUCGUUGAUUUCUCAAAUCUUUUACUUGCUAAAACUGGCGUUGAGAAAAUUAAAAUCAUGAGCAAUCAGCUUUUGAAUCGCUACAAAUUGUUGACAGUUUUGAGCAAAGAAGUUGUGAAUCGUCUUCAGAAUAUCUUCAACGAUCAUCAACAAUAUCAGGAGAAAUUCAAAGAAGCUGAUGCAGAAAUUGCAAAUUUAGAGAAGCAACUCAUCGAUGCAACACAAAACGUCGAUUUUAGAAAUGUCAACAAAGAAUUUGUACAAAUGUUGACAAUUGAAAAAGAUAAAGUGAAUUCAAUGAUUGAUGAACUUACGGGAAUAAGUGAGAAAGUUUUACCUGAAACUGGAGCUGUUGGUCGUGAAAAUAUUCGUGACGGUUUGCGUGCAAUACGUGAUCGAUUCGAUAAGCUCGUUGUUGACUUGAAGAAUUUACAAAAAUCGAUUGACACGAAAUCGAAUCAAUGGUCAUCUUAUCAAGAAAUUCAUCAACAACUUUUGAAGUGGCUCCAUGUGAUUGAAGUUGCAAUUAAAGACGAAGAAACUAAUCAAGCUGAAACUCCACAGGAACUCCGAACAAAGAUUUUGAAGUUGAAAUCAAUUUCUCAUGAAAUUAUUUCAAGAAAUCGUCUCAUUGAAACUUUGAAUGAAAAGUCGGCGGUACUUGAAGGCAAUCCACAAGAGAAAGAAUCUGUUGCUAAUAUCAAUAAACGUUACAACGACGUGAAACAGAAAUCAAACGAACUUUUGAAAAAUAUUGAAGCCAUCAUGGAAGUUCUUAACAACUUCUCAGAACUUCAUAAAGCUCAAAUUGCACACCAGAAGAUGCUUUGGGAUAAACUCACAAUAUAUUCUGAUUUCAUGGGAACAAAGAGUGAACUUGCUUCAAAACUUGAGAAAUUAAAUGACAUGGAAAAGCACAUCAUGCCAGAUGAGAUAAAAUUGAAUGAGAUCAAGAAAGUCAGUGAAACUAAUACCGCAAUCUUGCCCAAGCCAAUUGCUGAGUCAAUCAACAAAGAUGUGACAAAAAUGUUUGGCGAAUAUCAAAAGUUCAAGAAUGCUUUAGAGAAGAUCAAGAAAGACAUUGACGACCGCAUGGAACUUUGGAGAUUAUAUCAAGAAAGCUGUGACAAACUUCAACAGCUUCUUGAAGAAACAGAAGCAAAUCUCAAGAAUUUCACUUUGAAAUCUUCGUUGGAAGAUAAACAAGAAGCUUUGAAGAAUUAUCAAGGCGUGCUAGCCAACAUGAAGGAGAAUGAGAAUGAACUUUAUUUGUUGUCUGAUAGAGCUUCCGAGUUGAUACAAUCAUGUGGAGAGUCCAAGACGACUGUCUUUGUUCAACAAAUAAAAUCAAGAUUCUUGUCCGAUGAAAAUGCUGCAAAAGAAGUUGUCAAGAAAUAUGAACAAAUCGUGAAUGAUCACAAACUUUAUAGAGAUCGUUACAAGCAAUGCUUUGAUGAAUACUUGAAGGCAAAGAAAGAUUUGGAAUCUUUCGAUAAUGCCGCGACAAUUUCUGAUCGAAAGGAACUUGAAAAUGUUUUCGCGAAAGUCAAUUCAUUAGCUGAUCAUCAUACUGCGAUGAAUAAAAUGCUGAACACUGUCGUUGAGCUUGGUGAGAAUUUGUACUCAACAACAGACUCAACUGGCGGUGAAAUCAUUCGAUUAGACAUUCAAGACCUUCAACAGAAGAUUGAAGAUCUUUUCGAUAAGAUUAUUAAUCUCAAGACGAAAUUAGAAUUCAAAUUAUCGAACAUUACUGGAGUUGAAAGCUUAAUUGAAAAGCUUGAAAAUUGGUUGAAGCAAAUCGAACCAGAUUGCACUGGAGACAUACGAAAGAAGACGACAUUAGAUGAGAAAAUUAAUCAGCAACAAUAUUACGAAGCAUUGUUGACUGAUAUCAACAGCCAUCAGAAGGACAUAACUUUAUUAAAAGAUUUGAUCGCCAGCCCUGACACCGAUGAAGCAGUGACAAAGAAAGCAAAAGAAAUAAUAAAUCGAUAUGAGGAUUAUCAAAACAAAAUCAAAAGUUUUGUUGAUCUUUACGAGGGAAUCGUUCAAGAUCAUCAGCAAUAUUCUGUUGCUGUUAUGGAAGCUCAAAACUUCAUUCAAGCAACUCAAAGCACUGCUGAACUCUGGGGUGACAUUGAUUUGGAACGGGUUUCAUUGAUAUCCAAUUUAGAUCGACUUAAGAACUUAAACGCUACAUUGACUGAUGAAUAUCAUCGUGUUGACUCGGUUUGUGAGUUAGGCAAGAAAGUUAUUCCCAACACUGUUGACAGUGGUCAAAUAAAUAUUCAACAACAAAUCGAUUCGUCAAAACAAGAUUGGGAACAUCUCAAUGGGACAAUUCAAACAAUAAUUGAAAGUAUCAACAACAAACUCGAUCAAUGGAAUGAUUUUGAAACAUUACGUGACUCAUGCAUGGAAUGGGUGAGAGCAAUUGAAAAUAAAUUACAUUCAAUUGAUUUGAAGCCAACAUUGGUUGAAAAGAAAAAUCAAUUUGAUAAGUUGAAAGAUCUUCAAGGAGAAAUUAGAGCAAAAGAAUUGGAGAUUGACAAUGUCACUGAAAAAGCUCAAAUUUUGUUACGAAGUUUACCAAAUUGCAACAGUAAACAUUCAGUCAAUGAGCUUGUUCAGAAAUAUCAACAAUUGUCGCAUAAGAUUAAAGAUUUGACAGCAAGAUGGCAACAAUAUUUCAUUAAUCAUCAAGAAUUUGAUCGUCAAGUGUCUGAUUAUAGUUCCUGGUUGGGUGAUCUUGCAUCAAAGAUUUCUUAUUGCUCUGACUUAUCUGGAAACACUCAAAAGGAAAUGGAAAAUAAAUUGACAACUAUUCAAGAGCUUAUUUUAUUGAAGGAAGAUGGAUCUAAUAAGUUACAAGAAAUUGUUGAAGCUGCACAAAAUGUUUUAGCAAACACUUCAACACCUGGUCAUGAACCAAUCAACAAUACAGUCGCGAAACUUCACGACGAAUGGUCACAAUAUACAAUGAAGAUGAUUGACAUUAGAUCAUCACUCGAUGAUUCCAUUAAUCAGUGGUCGGGACUGUCAGAUGAAAUUCAAAAUAUUAAAAAAUCAACAGAUGCAAUUGAAGCUUUACUUGAUGAUCUUUCAGAGUUCCAAACAACAAUGCCAGAGAAAAGAACUCAACUUGAACUUAUUCGUAAUGUUGAAGAAAGAGUUCGUGUUGAAAAGAUUGAAGUUGAUAAUCUGAAAUCAAAAACUUUGGAAUUCAUUGUGAAAAGCAAAAACACGCCAACAGCACAACUUGCACAAGAAGUUUUACAAAACUUUGAGAAUGUUUUUGAACGCGUGAAGAAACUUCUUUCAGAUCGUGAAGAACAUUUCAGAGAUCAUCGUGUAUACAAAGAAGCUUAUGAUAACUUGAACAAUUACAUCAAUCGAGCACGAGAGAAGAUUCCGAUGAUUCAACAAAAUACUUUUAAUGAAAAGAUUUCAAUCGAACAAUCGAUUGCACCUUUGGAGUCGUUGUUGAAUAAACAAGCGCAAGGUGAACUUUUACUUGAACAUUUACAAAGUACAAGCGAAGUUGUUUUAGCCAGCACAUCACCAAAUGGCCAACAAAUCAUUAAAAAUGAUAUUCGCGAAAUGAAAGAAAACUUUGAGAAUUUGUUCAAAGAAAUUCGAUUACAGAAAGAUAAAUUGCAUGACACGAUGAUGCGUUGGCGUGAUUAUAAAGAUGAAUACGAGAAGCUUUCAGAAUGGUUGACACAAAUCGAUAUUCUCGUUAAGAAUAAUAAACUUGCACUUCACCCAUCAUUGGAACUGAAGCAGAAACAAGUCGCUGACAUGAAAGAAAUUAUCAACAAAAUCGAGAAACAACAAGAAGAGUUUGACAAAUUCAACGUAUUUGCAGCACCAUUGCUGAAGUCGCAUCUCGAUUCUGUCGUUUCCAAUCAACUUCGUCAAUUGAAUUCUCGUUAUCAAGUCUUGUCAAAUAUUGCUAAAGACGUGAUGAAGAAAGUUGAGGCUAAUCACACUCAACAUCGUGAGUUUGAAGAUUAUGACAAACGUGCCCGUAAUUGGUUGAAUUCAGCGAAAGAAAUUAUUCAAUCUUGCAGUGAAGGCAACAUGACCAGCAGAGAUUCAUUGUUAGCUAAACUAAGUAACAUUCAGAAUCUUAUUGAUCGUCGUGAAGAAGGGCAAAAUCUGAUUCAAAACACUGUGAACAGUGGCGAGAAAACUCUCAAGAACACAAAAUCUGACGGUAAAGAAAUCAUUAACAAUGAAAUCAAGCAAAUUCAAAGUGAAUGGGAUCGAUUGGCGAAGAAGAUGGCUGGAGCCAAAGUGUCAUUGGAGACUCAGUUACUUCAAUGGGCUGAUUACUCUUCGAGUUACAAUCAAUUGCAACAGUGGAUCAAUGAUCGUGAAGCAAAACUUCAACAAGUUCAAGAAUUGAAAGCUGCCAAGAGUCGAAAAGGUCAACCAGCUUUGGUAGAACGUAAAGCAAAUCUUCGACAAACCAAUGACAUCGUUCAAGAUAUUGUUUCAUUUGAACCUAUGAUUCAGUCAGUUACAUCGAAAGCAUCUGGUUUGCAACAAGGUGCACCAGCAACUGAAAUAAGCACGAAAUAUGAAACACUCACGAAAACUGCCAAAGAGCUUUUUGCUAAACAGAAAGAUGCUGUUGAAAAGAUGCAAGCAUUCUUAGAUGUUGGCAAUGAUUUCGCUCAAUGGAUUCGAAAUGCCAAAGAAGGAAUCAAUAAAUGUUCUGAAUCGACAGGAGAUAAAGAAAGUUUGAUUUCAAAACUUGCACAAUUAAAAGCUUUGGAAAAUGAUAUUCCAACUGGUCAAGAGAAACUUCAACGUGCACUUGAACAAGCAAAUGUCGCUAUUCGUGAUGCCAGCGAAGAAGAUCGUGAACAAAUAGAAGAAGAAGUUGCAUUAAUGCAAGGAGAGUUCGACAAUUAUGUAGAUGUUGUUAAACACUCAAAGAAACAACUUGAACUUGGCAUCACGAAGUGGACAGAGUUUGAUCGAAAACAAGCUGAAGCUUUCAAAUGGUUGAAUGAAAAUGAAGCUGUUGUACAAUCAUUCAACAAGUUGCAAACAAAUCUUGAACAGAAGCGUGUCGCACUUGAGAAAUUCCAAACAUUGUUACAGACUUUGUUCGAUUGGCAACGCGAUCUUGAUAAUUUAAAUAUUGCUGCACAAACUUUACUUGAUAUUUGCGCUGAUACAAGAAUCAGUAACACAGUCACGCAGUUAACAACCAAAUACAACACGAUCUUGUCAAUGUCUAAGGAAAUCAUGAAGCGAUUGGAAGUUCAUUAUCAAGAGCAUCAACAACACAAUGCACUCAUGCAAGAGUUAUGUGACGAUUGGCUUGAUCGUUUACGUGAAAAGUUCAGUCAAUGUCAAGAAAUUCCCAGCACAAUGUCAGAGUUGCAAUCGAAAUUGAAUAUCGUUAAAGGAAUAAGACAGUCAUUGGAACAAGGUCAGAAUAAAUUGCGUUAUGCACUUGAAUUGAAGGAGAAAGUCAUUGUGAGCACUGAAUCGAGUGGCGUUGCAAAGAUUGAAGAAGACGCUGAAAACUUGAAGCAAGAUUUUGAUAAACUCAUGGCUGAUGUUGCUGAUGUUCGUCAGAAAUUGACAACGCGAUUGAAUUUGUUCGAAGAAAUGAAUAAGCAAUAUAAGAUUCUUAAAGAAUGGUUAGUGGAAACUGAAGCUCAACUUCCACCAGACGACAAGAUUUACAACGAACUUAGCGAUAAGAAAGCAACUCUUGAAAAGCUUCGAGUUCUUCAAAGAGAAGCUCAAAAUUAUGGCGACAUUGGCGAUAAAAUUAAAGCGAAACUUGAACAAGAAAACAUCAACUCGUCAGAAUUCGAAGAAGGUUUGAAAGCAUUUAACGAUCUUCAAGAAGUUCUCGUCAAGAAAAUUGAAAUGCUUGAAAAUCAAGCAAAUGAUCAUGAAAAAUAUCGACAGUCAUACAAUGCAACUUUCAAUUGGUUUAAGAACACAGUUAAAAAUGUUGAAGAAUGUUCCGAUCCACAUGGUGAGAAGGAUUUGACUUUGAAUAAACUUUCAAAGAUUCAAGAGAUAGAAAAAUCAUUGCCGGAAGGAAAAAUUCUUUUGGGUCAUACGAUCGAUCUCAGCAACAGUUUAUUGAAAACUUGCGACGUAGAAGGACAAGAUCGAAUCAAAGAAGAACUCAAACAAUUGGAAAAUGAAAGAAUUAAAGUUGAAAAUCUUAUUAAGUCGAUCACUGACAAUCUUGAAGAUUGCAUUAAGACUUGGACUUCAUUUACAAACAAAUCAAAUGAAAUUGACACCGCACUUAACAAAUUCCAAAAUCGUUUGUCUGCUUUCGAUAAUGUCAGCAAUUUACCUUCAGAUGAACUUCUCGAGAGUGCUAAGAAAUUGUCACAAGACAUUGAAGGCUACAAAGACGUAAUGGAAGAAUUGAAUGAAAUUUGUGAAGUUUUAAUGGAAAAGUGUGCAUGUUCAUGGGUUCGUGAUCGAACAAAUGAAAUGCAAGAUAAAUAUUCUGUUUUAAGAACUCAAAUUCAAGGAACAUUAUCAACAAUGAAUAAAAAUAUUAUGGAUCAAAACGAGUAUGCUACUUACAAGAUCGAAGCUGAGAAGUGGUUGGAGAACGCGAACAACAUCAUUGAAAAGGCAAAUAAUAUUAAAAACUUAGACGACAUCAACUCAAGUCUUAACGAAAUAAAUAUUUUAUCAAGCCGCAUACCUGAAGGUGAAAAGAUUAUAAGUUUGAUGCAAGAAUCAUUCACCAAGUCAUCAAAUUAUUUGCCCAAAAAUAAGCAAGAUGAAGUUAUGAAUGAAAUAACAAACAUUCGUGGUGAAUGGGAUUUAGUUGCUGUGAAGAUCGGUGGAUCCUUGAAUAAUCUCAAGGCCAUUGUUAAUCGUUGGAACGUUUUGCUGGAAAAUAAAAAUCGCCUGAAUAACUGGCUUCAAGAAAAGGAAGCAACAUUGCAGUCAAUUCCACAAGGCAAUGGCGAGAUAAGUGAAAUGAAAACUCUGCUUGAGCGGUUGAAAUAUUUAGACUCAGAAAUAGCCCAAAAAGAUUCUGAAGUUAAUAAUUUAGUUGAUGAAUUGAAAUAUUUUGAGCCGCUUGGUGCUCCAGAAGAAGAUAAAGAAAAACUGAAGGCGAUUGUUGAAAGAUUCAACUCUUUGAAACUCGUCUGUGCUGAAAGAAUUGUCGACUUUGAAAGUGAAAUCGGUGACUAUGUUGCAUAUCAACAUCAAAUGCAGGAAAUCGAAAAAUGGCUUUUGCAAAUUUCUUUCCAACUCAUGGCUCACAACUCACUUUACAUAUCAAAUUACGAUCAGACAAAGGAACAAAUCGUUCAACAUGAAGCACUUCUCGAAUAUAUUCAGAAAUAUCAAUCAAACAUCGAUGACUUAGACGCGAAAGGACAACAACAAAUCAAACGUUAUGAGCCAUAUUCAAACACGAUCAGAGACAGAAUUGAGAGUCAGAUCAAGAACAUUCAAGACAGUUACAAUUCACUGCUUCACACUUCAAUUCAAAUCAAAAACCGUCUUUAUGAUUCUUUGAAUAAGUUCAAGGAAUAUGAAGACACUCUUGACAGUAUCAUGAAGAAUCUUGAAGGUUUCGAGAAAGUUAUUGAUGUUGAGAUGGAGAAACCACUGAACACUCUCAAUGAAGCUAAAAUACAAUUGCAAUUGAUGACAAAUCUUCAGGAUAAACUUCAGCAAGAGAAACAACGUUUGACGCUCGCUUGUCAAGCGUGUGAAGCUGCGACUGCAAGUAUCAGUCGUCCAAGUUCGCCCGUUUUCAAUCAAAGCCCACAAAUUCCUGAAAAGGAACUUUUGGUUCGUGUGAAACUUGAUGAUCUGGUUGACAAGCUUUUACCUUGCAUUGAUUUGUUGGUUGACAAAGUGAAAGGAUUCGAUCAAGUUUUAACAAAACGAGAUCAAAUUAAUGCUUGGAUUGAACAACAAACAAUUUUUGCAAACGACAUUGCAUCAAAACCUUCAAAGUUGAGAGCGGAAGCAGCAGCACAAGAUUUGCAAGCAAUCAAUGAUGUUGUUGAAGGAAUCAAUCAGAAACGAAAUAUUAUUGUAACUGAAUUAACAAAUCAAUUGCCAGACGAAGAAAUCAGCGAUCUUGAGAAACGUUUAGAUGAUUUGGAAUCAACUUUAUUCACACAAAUUGAAAGGAAACGUAAAAAUCAAGGAAUCAUCACUGAUUAUCUUACAACAAUAAGUGAUUCUAAAAAUUAUUUCGAUGGUCUUAUUCACCGUUUAGAAGACAUGGAUGGACCAUGCGGAAAAAGUUGCGAACAAAAGCUCAAUGAAAUUAAUGCGAUUAAAAACGAAUUUGAAACGAAAUCUCCGCAGUUGAAGGAACAAAUGCAGGCCAAAGGCGCUAAAGUAUUUGAAGUCAUUAGCAACCUUGACGCGCAACAAGUUGAUGAUCAUUUAAAAGCCUUCACACGACGCGAGAAUGACAUUAAAAAGCGAAUUGAAAGGAAGAUUCAAGUAAUGGAUUUGACUAACAAAAAUCUCGACAAACUACAAUCUGAAAUUGAUCAAAUAAAAUUCUUCUUUGAUGAAAACAUUGAGAAGAUGAAUGGAGAGUUUAUAUUGGGCUAUCUACCAAAAGUGAUUGAGAGUCAUUUACAACAUUUAAAGAAUCUCAAUAAGGAUAUCGAAAAUAAACAAGCAUUGAUUGAGUCAUUGAAUAAAAGAAUUUCGAAUAUGCAAACUGAACUUGAUGUUGGUGAGCAACAAAAGCUGAAGCAAGCAAUCAAUGAGUUGCAUAACAAAGAAAGAAAACUCGUUGGUUUAAUUAAAGCACGUAACACUCGUGCUUUAGACGGCUUGAAUCAUGCAAAAGCACUUGAAAAUAAUUUCGAUCAUGUUCGUAGUUGGAUUUCCGAUCAAAAAGCUCAAAACGAAAGUAAAGCUUUGAUGAUUCCUUUCGCAUCAUCGGCGAUUGAUUAUGAAAUUCAAGAAUACAAAACACGUCUUCAGAACAUCAAAGAGUUUUCAGAUGGCGUUUUAAGUGACACAAUUGAUCAAGUGUCACGAAUUAAGGAACAAUGCGACGACAACGGGAAAAAUGAAUUGCAAAAAAUUUUAGACACAUUUUUGGACGACAUCCAAACAUUGACCUUCAGUUACAAUCAACAACUUGAAACGAUACAAAAAGUCAUGCAGAAGAAGAAAGAAUAUGAACAAGAUUCCGACGGCUUGCUUAAUUGGAUCAAGGAAAUUGAAGCUGUUAUGUCGUCAAAUGUCAAAACAUCAAGCAUUCAAAUUCUUGAGGAACAAAUUCGUAAAUACGAAGGAUUUUUACGUGAAGCUGAAUCAAAGGAUUAUGUUUUGAAUGCAAUUCAAGAAAAAGCUGAUCAAUUGAUGGAAAAUCUUUCUGAAGUUGAUCGAUUGAAUUUGUCUUGUCAAGUGAAAAAUCUUUCCGAUAAAUUUAAUUUGCUUUUGCUUAAGAUUAAAGAAAGACUUAAUGGAAUUGUCGAUAACAUCAGACAACUCAAAGAGGCACAACAACAAAUUGCCGAGUACACUCAAUUUAUUUUAUCGAUUCAACAACAAAUUAAAGAGCUUAAUAAGCCAAUUGGAAGUAAAACUGAUGACGUUCAAAAUCUCUUAAAAGAAUACGAAAACAUACUCAACAAGCUCAAGGCUAAGAAGGCUGAAAUGAGCUUGCAGAAAAUUAGCUCAUUGCCACAGAUUAAAGAGCUGCUUUCGACACAUGAUGACAUCAUUGACGCCAUUGAGAAUCAGCUACGCCGAUUAAAACAAUUGUUAAUGUUAAGAGAACAGUUCAUCGCUUUGGUCAACGAGAUUGUUAACUUCAACAUGAAAUACACAGAAAUUGUUGCGCAUGUGGAGAAAUCUGACGAUAAGAUUGAGAAUAAAAUUAAGCAAUAUGACAAAAUUAUGAUGAAGAUUCAAGAAUGCGAAGGCGUAUUUGCACAAGCUAAUGACAAAGGAAUGCAAAUUGCUUCUGAAGGCACAGUUGAAGAUCGCAACAAUAUAAUUGAUCAACUUCAAACGUUAAAGCAACAAUUGCAGAAUCUUAAACAAACUGUCGAAAAUCUACGACAACAACAUGAAAAAGCAGCAAGUGCUUACAAGAAUUUUGAAAACGACGCUACUAAAACGAUCAAUGCCCUGCUUGAGAAAGAAGCCGCCAUUAAAAUUCUUCCCAUUUUGGAUGUGAACACAGAAUCGGUCGAGCAAGAAUUACGUAAGCACGACGUUCUUGCAAACGACAUUCAAAAGCUUCUUGUUAAAUUGCAAACAACACUUGACGGAGUUGAGAAAGAAGAAGCAUUACCUCCAUCAGUGUCUGCAACCGUCGCUACUGGUCGCUCACUCCUGAAAAGUCUUCCAAAAGAAAUCGAUGAACGUAAGAAAUAUUUGGACAACAACAAAGAUUAUCGAUUGAAUUAUAUUCAACUUGUUUCCGAGUUUAACAAUUGGGUCGAUUCAGUUGAGAAUGAGUUUGUGAAUGACAACGACGAUAUUGAUUUUGAAAACAUUAAUUCAAUCAUGGAAAAGCAUAUUAACUGUGUUGAUAAUAAAUUGCCUGAAAUUAAGCAACUGUUGGAGAAAAUCAAUGACAUCGCGAAAAAUAUUCUCCCAUCAUUGAAUAACAUAAAUAAAGAAGAAUUAUUACGCGACUUGCAAAAGUAUGGCGCAACACUGAAGAACAUAACUGAACGCGCUGAUCAAUCGAAAGCAAACAUUCAAAAGAACCACGACUUAUGGAAAAGCUAUUGUUCACUUUUGGAAUCUGUUGGUGGACUUUUAACUAAAGUGCCGAAAGAAGAUUCGAUCAGCUCAAUCGACAAAUUGAAAGGAUUCCUUCAAAAACUCAACAAUAAGUUGGAAGGCAUUCAGGCCCAGCAAGAUCAACUUGAUUCAUUAAACCAACUGGCUGAAAAAUUAUUACACGUUGCCGACCAAGCUAAUCGAGAGAAAAUUCAACGUCAAAUAACUGAUUUAAACCUCAAGUGGACAAAUACUAUCAAUUCUAUUGAUAAUCAAAUUGAAACUCUAUCGCAAAUCGCACAAAAUUGGUCGGAUUUAGAACGUGACAUCAUCACGGUGGAAAAAAGUUUAUCAAGCUUAGCUGACAAAGUCAAAGAUAUUGAAUUCGGACAGAAAACUCAGCCUUUGCUGGAGGACGUUAAAAAUAAUAUAUUGCAAUACAUUGACGAGAUAAAAAAUAUUGAGAAAUUUAAGCAGCAUUUGAAGAGUCUAGCCAAACCAGUUAUCGGAUUCUUGAAAGAGGAACAACCCGAAGCAGUUGAACCUAUCAAGAUCAAACUCGAAACAUUAGGCGAGCAAAUAUUUAGUCUCUCGAACACGUUGAACGGCAAAUAUAUCCAAGUGAAGAAGAUUUUAGAGCUGAUCAGAGAUCUGUCAACAAAUUGCGCACAGAUCGAUAACGAAUUGCAGAAGAUCGAACAUCAAAUAGCAACAUUUGAUCCAUACUCAAAGGAUCUUGAUUUAAAUCAACAGACGAUCGAAGAGAUCACAAGUAAAUUGAAUAAUUAUAAAAGCGAGAUACAAAAGCUCGCCAAAUCAUUGGACGAAUUUGAAGAAUUCAUUGCGCCGGAAAUUACAACACAUUUGAAGGAUUUGGAAUUGAAGGUGGAAAAAUUAUUGGACACAAUGGAAGAACACAACCGAGCAUUUAAAAUGGCAAAAACAAUCAGAAGUGAUUACCUCUACAACACAGAAAAAGUUCAAUGUUGGAUAAACGACACAGAAGAAAAGCUUAAGAGUCACUACACAGAACCAUUGGAAUACAAAGUAUCUAUUCACAAUAGUUGUCAGGAGAGACCUUUUGUUACUGAAUGGUUUGAAACAGCAAAACGAAGUGGACAAAGUCUCAUUGAAUCAACACAUGACGAACGAGAAGCACCGCAUAUCAGACAAAAUCUUGAACAAACACAUGAAAGACUUGAUCAGACAUUCGUCCUCUUAGAUAAUCAGAAACUUAUCAUUGAUAACGUCGUUGACGCUUGGUCUAAGUUUAUGGAACUUUAUCAAGUUAUUAUUAAUUGGGCGAGUGAGAAGAAAAUAUUCGUAGGACAGGAACUGAAAUUAAAUAACCAACAAGAAGCUCAAACCAAACUGCAAGAGUAUUCGAAUGCUUUACUACUGGAAUUAACUGAAGAAUGGGAUCAAUAUGAGAGAAAAAUUAAAGAUGUUUAUAGUUGGAUGAAACAAUCAAGAACGACAUUCGAAUCACCGCAAUAUAGGAAUCGACCACUACGCGAUCAACUCGUUUUCUUAGAGAAAACCUUGGCUGACAUCACAUCACAGAAAACCAAAAUAACAAUCUCGUUUGAGAAGCUACAAGUGCAUUUCCGAACUGAGUUAUCGUGUGAAAAGGACUUGAAUGAUGAAUAUCGAGAUGUUGUUGAGAGUUUAGAUCAAUUUUAUCAAGACGUUAAUCGACAGAUUAAUGAUCUCGAGAAAGCUCUCCAACAGAUUGAUAAAUAUCAACAUGAUAUUCAACUCCUGAAACAAAAGCUUGUCCAAGAAGAACAGCUGCUGAAGACAAUGUCACCAGAUCAGUCAGCUGACAACGUCCAGGCACAGCGUAAUAAUUUGGCGGCACUGGUGCAUCAAAUAAAUUUGAUGAUAUCCAAAGUAGUCGAAUUGGAUCCACAAAAUCCAGAGCAUUAUGCAAUUGUCAAUGUUAAUCGAGACAGUAAUUCAUCGCCAAUCAAUUGGACAUAUGCUGAUGUUGUGAUGGGUCGCAUAAGAUUCCAUCAAGGUCGAUCACAAGUUGGUAAUGUUUGGGGUAAUUUACAACAACCACAGUCGGUUGCAAAUGCUCGACAAACUCAACCUGUUGAUACAAAAACAAAUGGAAAUGAGACAAUUAAAAAGAUUUCUGAAGUGACAAUCACUAGAAAUGAGAAUGAAAAUAAGCCGCCGAAAGAUGUAAAAGGAAGAAAGAAAGAAAAACAUGUUAAAGUUACAAAACAUCGAGAUGAACAACAACAACCCCAAGAAGAAGUUGUUGAGCAAAUUCAAACAACAGUCAUCUAUGCUGAUGAAGCUCGUGGUAAUCCAAUUACAACUGAAACAAUUGAAGUUCAAGGUGCGGGAAGUGUCGAUGAUGAAGGGAAAACUUAUGCAGAGAUCCUGAAAGGAAUGCGAGAAGCUUCAGGAGGUUUCUACGUUAUGCAGCCAAACCCUGCUUUAAAACCAGAACCUUCGAAGGCUAAUAUUGAACGAACUCAACAUUUCCUGGCAAAUGAGAAAGCAAUGAUUGCACCAAAAGCACCACUAAGAAAACAAAAGCAAACAUCGCAUGUAAUUGUUGAUUCACAGCCAAUAGUCAAGACAACAAGUCAAAUAAUUGAAACUACUUCUAGUCGCCUUGAUAAUGAACCUAAAAAGAAGUCAAAACGAGUCAAUACCAAGAGACGUCAUCCUGAGUCAGCUCCUAGCGAUGGCAGUGAAGGGUCAAAAAUGCAACAAGAUCCACAAUCUGAAACGUCAAGCAACAGCGGCGAAGAUAAUUAUGAAAGACCUGAAAAGCCAAAAAGAAAACAUGAAAAGAAAAAAACUGAUUCAAAUGACGAGCAAAGUGCUAAAGACAAUAAAGAAACAAAAGAUUUAAAUUUUGAUAGAAAUAUUGAAACGAAACGAAUAAUUAUGAUCACUCAUGAAGCGGUGAACAAAGUUCCCGUCCAACAAAUUCACAUGUCUUUACCUCAAACUUAUGCAGUGAAAGUUGAGAAACCAAAUGAGAAAAAUGUUCAAGGAGUUUCUGUCGAAAAUUUUGCAACAUCUGUUGAGACAGUUAAACUUGGACCAGAACAUGUUGAAGACAAUUAUCAAAAGUCAGAAGCUGAUUGGGAAUCAAUUUCAACAGCAACUCUUGACACUGUUAUUGAAAGAACUUUAGACUUUCCAAUGGAGAAAGAAGUUGUUUUAACGCAAGAGUCGUUGAUUGAAAAAGUUGAGAGUGACAAACAUUUAGAGAAUAUUCAAGAGUAUACAGACACGUCGGAAGAUGAAACUGUAACACUUCAAGGUAAACUUGAAAUAUCGUUUAUUGUGGAAGAAGAUACGCCGAAGAUUGAACAUGAUAUUUCAACUGUCACAUCAAUUGUCAGUAAGAAAUCAAAGAAACAACAUGAAAUUGAAGAAGAUGGAAGCAGCUUUGAAAUAAUUGAUGACGCUUUGGUCUCACUUGAAAGUGACAAAACUCCUGAACAAGAAAGUUCGACUGCUAAUGUUCCAAGCAUAACUGAAGAAGAUCAUGAAAAAACACCUGAACAAGAAAUUAUCGUUACAGAAUCAGAACCACAAACAAUAACAGAAAUUGUUGAAAAAGUUACAACUGUUGUUACACAUUUUGAUGAAAUUGAAAUUGCUGAUGAAGCACUUGAGAAAGGAAGAACUUCUGAAGUAUUUGCUCAACUUGAAUCAGAGAAGGUUCAUGAUGAUGUUUUUGAUAUUCCACAGGCAACUGAAGAAGAUCUUUUUGAAGAUGCAAGUGACGAAGCAAUAAUUUCAGAUGUAAAAAUUGAAUCACCAGAUAAAUCAUUCGGUGAUGAAGCACGCGAAAGAAUUCGUGACAUAACAACAACAAUUAUUCAGAAAAUUGAAACCGCUCAAGCACAUGCUGAAGAAUUAUCUUCAAAUGACGUUGUAGCUAAAGAAGAAAAAAGUGAAGACGUGAGUGAUCGAAUUCGUGGCAUUGCUUCAAAAAUUAUUGAAAAAAUUGAAAAUGCUCAAGCUCGUGUUGAAGAACUUCCCGAAGAAGUUUCUUCGGUCAUAAAGGAAGUGAAAAAAGAAACAAACGACGAAUCACUUUCAAAGGAACCAAGCGAACGUGUUCGCGAAAUCACAAACACGAUCAUAAUGAAAAUCGAAGAUGCACAGUCACAUGCAUCGGAAUUAUCGCCCGAAGAAAUCGAAAAACAAUUCGAAAGCAUUUCUAACGAAGUUGAAACGAAUUUUUCUAUUCAAGCUGUUGAGUCGUCACCUUAUGACGUUGGCAAACCGAAAAUUCAAGAAAUUUUCAAUGAAAUGAUGAAAACAAUUGUUAUGGAACCUGAAAUUGUUGACAAUAGAAAUAUUAGCGUCAGUGAUGAUUGGGAAGUAAUCACUGAAGAGACUGCUGAAGAGUUGAAGGCUGAGUUUGAUAAUCAAGUAAUUUCAGAACAAAAUAUUAUUUCCCUAUCAAAAGAACCUCAUACUAAUAUCGAGGAAUUGGUUACUAACUCACCCUUUAAUGUGCCCGAUAAUGAAAUCAUUGUCCAGGCACCACUAACUACACCACCUGUAGUAGAUUUGAUUGAAACUCAUCAAGCUAAUUUCAUUAUACCAAUUGGAUCGGGUACACAAAUUCAACCGCAAUCAUCUGCACAAAUAACACAUUCAUCUGAUGAUGAUUUCCUUGUUCAUCUCUGGCAUGAUAAACCUCGAUAUAAUUAUCAAGAAUUAAACGAUGCUGAAAAAUACGCGACAUUGUGUAAAAUAUUUUUACCUGAAGUUGAAAGCGUUAAAGUCAUGAUUGAUGAGAAAACUGAAAUUGAAACGCAACCCAUUCAAUCGGAAUUCAUUCCUUUCAUUCAUGAAAUACCUCGAUACGAUUACAUGAGUUUGAAACGUGCUGAAACUCAAUACCAUCUUUUGAAUGUACCAACAAUAUCAAUAACUGACACAUCAGAUGAACUUGAAACAAUCAUUGAAGAUUUAAAACACGAAGACACUCAUGAAACACAUGCCGGAAGUGAAAUUAUUGUACAAGAUCAAGAACAAGCACCACAAGAAUUUGUCAGUGACAAUGUUAUUCAAGAUCAAGCACAAACAACUGAUGGCAAUCAAGGAGAAAACUUUGAAGAUGAAUCGACUUCCAUAGAAUAUGUUUUGAUGAAAACAGUCGUCAUUACAACAACCAAAAUCGACGAUGAUGUUGAUGAAGUCGUUGAGAGUGUAACUUUUGAUGUUGUUGAGAAAGAAGUUCGUUCAACUCCUACAUCACCUCGUAUAUUGCCUGAUAAUGAAGAAAAGAUGCUUGUUCCCGAACAAAAAAGUGAAAUUGUUACAGAACCUAUUGAUGUUCCCAAGACAAAAGAAGAAAAAGUCAAAAAUGUGAUUGAAAGUUUCAUUUCAAUGGAAUCACAAAAUGUGCAAGAAAAAGUUGAUCCAACAAUUGAAUCGAUGUCUGAACCAAAUGAAAACAUUUCUAUUGAAAUUAUUCAAACUCCAGUGACGACAGAAACUAUUGAAAUUGUUUCUAAAGUGUCUCAAAAUGAAUUAGAACCAAAAACUGUUACAGAAAUUGAAUUGAAAUCAGAACCAAGUGAACCUGUCGCACUUCAGGAGGUUGAAAAAGUUAUUUUAGAAGAACCGUCACAGACAUCCAUUAAUUUGACUUUAACAUCAAUUGAAACAAAAGUUAUGGAACCUAAGAAAGAUGAAAAGGUUGAAGAAAUUUCACCCGAACCUGAAAUUAUUUCAAAAAAAAUUGUUACUGAGAAUAUUAUUCAACCUGAAGAUAGUUUAGUGACUGUUAAAGAUUUAAAUGGACAUGCAUCAAUAAUUCAUGAUGAUCAUGAUAAGGAAACCAAACUUGAAGAUUUCCUCAUGCAUGAAGUGAUUUCUUAUGACAUUUUGAGUUUAAAUCGAGCUGAAGCUCUUUAUCAUGUUGAAAAUCAAGAAAAGCAAAAUGAAGAAAAUGUUUCACCUACUGAACCUAUCGAGUCAAUAGCAAGCACAGAAGUUUACUCUGAUGCAUUGACAUGUGAUGUAAGCAAUCAGAAUAAGAUUGAAGUAAAUCUCUCAACACAACCAGAGUCAGUUAAAAAAUCUGAAUCUACAUCUGAUUUGAAUUUCAAUCUUUAUGAAGAUAAUGUUUAUUGGAAACUUCCAUACGAUUCAAAUGCAAUCAAAGACGCUGAAAAGAUGUUUUAUGAAACAAAUUCUCUGAAAGUUAUUGAAUCAGAGCCUGAAGUCAAUGAAAAUAUUGUCAUCAAAACUGAACAACACAUGCCAUCUGAUGUGGUUGAGAUCGGGGUUGAUGCUACAGAUUUAAUUGAUGAUGAAACGGAUAAAAAUGUUGAAGAAAUAAAAAGUGAAAUUAUAGAAGAUAUUCAAGUUAUUCCAGAACAAAUAAAGUUUGACGAGUUAGUAGUUGAAUCGUCAGAAAAGCCAACUGAUAAUAAAUCUGGAAUGUCAGAUAUUCAAACUUUCAUUCUCAUGGAAUCACAACAAGUUGUCGAUGAUAUUCCUGACAAAAUUGAACCUGAAACCAUUACGAAAAUUGAACAUCAAGAAAAAAUUAUUCCAGAACCAAUUAAGGUUGCUGAUGACGCUCAAACCGAAAUAAGAAUUGGAACAAUCAUAACCGAAGUCAAGUCAGAGAUUCCUGAAAAAGAAGAAGAAUUUAUUAUGGAAGCUUUACUUGAUGAUUAUGAAUUGCCCAAGCACGAACAACCUGUCGUUCCAAUUGAUGAGAAUAUUGCACAACCUGAAACUGUUACACAAGUUGAACAUCAAGAAGAAAUUAUUCCUGAACCAGUUCAGGUUGCUGAUGACGUUCAAACUGAAAUAAGAAUUGGAACAAUCAUAACCGAAGUCAAGUCAGAGAUUCCUGAAAAAGAAGAAGAAUUUAUUAUGGAAGCUUUACUUGACGAUUAUGAAUUGUGUAAACAUGAACUACCUGAGGUUACAAUUGAUGAAAAUAUUGAACAAGCUGAAGAAGCUGUUGAAGUUUUCCAAACACCUGAAGAACCAUCAGAAAAGGAAAAACUUCCCAAGAAAAAACGUGAAAAAACUAAAAAGUCAAAAUCGUCUGAAAAAGAAGAAACUUCGGUUGUUGAUCCAAUGAAUGUUUUUACACACUUUGAAAGUGUUGAUCAGCAAAAUCCUCAAUUUAAUCAAACAUAUGCUGAAAUUGUUGGACAUGAUGUUAGUGAACCUGAAGAAAAGAAGAGCAAAGAUAUAAAAAAUAUUAUUGAGAGUUUCAUUACUUUCGAAUCACAACAAACAAAUAAACCUGAAGCUACUUCAGUUAUUCACGAACCAGCUGUGAAUGUCGAUGAAAUUUUAGAAAAACCUCAAGAACCAUUUGAAGUGAAAUUGGAAGAAACAGUUAUUGAAACUGAAAGCAAAGAUCACAUUGAAGUUCCCCAAUCACAAGAAACUAUUAUUGAGAGUGUUACAAUUGAACCAACAGAAGUUCAGUCAAUAACUAUUGAUGAUUCAAUUAAACCAGAAUUACCUUCUGAAACUGAAAGUGUCACAACGAUUAUUCAAACAAUUAUCACUGUUGAAACUAACGAAACGAAUCAACCUAAGACUGAUGAUGUCAUUCAAGAAAUUUCUGAGAUUCCAGAGAUUCAAGAUUCAAAAGAAAUUGAAAAUAUCACAGAAAAUAUUCCAGAAGAAAAACCAUUCGAAACUGUUGUUUCAUACGAGCCAAUAAUUGAAUCGAAGGUUCAUGAAACGAUUGAAAAGAAAGUUGAAAUAUUUGAGGAACCAAAGGAAAUUGAAGCUGCUUUCAAACCAAGCACUCAAAUAGAGAAACCAGAAGAAGUUUUAAUAACUGAAAGAUUAACAACAUCUGAAUCACCAGUUACUGCACCAGUGAAAGAUGAGAUAAUUGAACAAAUUGUAAUCACAACAGAAACAGUUCAUCAACAAGAUCCAAUCAGGAAAGAAAGAACGAAAAAGAAACGUGAUAAAACAAAGAAAUCUAAGUCAACAGAUUCUGAAGAUGGAUCAAUUAAAGAUCCGAUGAAAACUUUCAAAAGACUUGAUACAGUUGAUCAAAUCUCUCCGCAGUUUGGUCAAUCAUUCGCUGAUAUCGUUGCACAUGCUGAUGAAGGUAAAGACAUUAAAAAUGUGUCACCAACUGAACAAACUUCAGUUGUUGCUUCAGUUAUUACUACAACGACUACAGAAAUCUUAAAUCAAGCUGAGAAACCAGAAGAUUUCAUUCAAGAAAUUAUCAUUCAAGAUGAAAAUGAAGUUAAAGCGCCGUUCGUCGAAAUUAUGUCGGAACUUACAAGAGAUAAAGUUGACGAUUCUAAACCUAGUCCUACUAAUGACGUUAAUACAACUUUCAUUACAAUGGAGUCAGUAAAGUCAUCAGAACCAAUAGCACCAAAACGUGAAAAAUCUCAAAAGAAAAAGAAAGAUAAAAGUCACAAAACGAAAUCAAUUGAAGAUAAUGAUGAAGUUUUUGAACCAAUUUCAAUCCCUGAGAACAUUAAAGUUAAUGUUGAAAAAUCGAAAGCUCCUGAAAUUGAAAUAAUUAAAGAUCUUGUCGAGAUUGAGAAAAUCGUUAAAGAAUCUUCACCAUCAAUGUCAGAAGUUAACACAAUUCCUGUUUUAAACAUCCCAAGUGUUGAUGAUUCUGAUGAAGUUGAGAUUUCACUUGCUAGUCAAACAGAACAAGAAGCAAUUGGUGCAAUAAUGACUGAAUUGGAUAAGAUUCAAACGAAAACUCUUGAACCUAUCAAACCUAAGAGGGAAAAAAUUAAACGAGACAAAUCUCCAAGGCCAAAACGAAAACCAAAACCAGAAAAAAGUGCAACACCUGAACAAGAAGAAAUUUAUCAGAGAUCUUUGAUGGAUGUUUUCACUAAGAGUGAUGGUCAGCCAUCAUCUGGUGUUUGGGGUCGUGAUAAAACAUAUGCUGAGGUUGUUAUUGGUGCUGAUGGUAAACCAAUUCAUCGUCCAACCCCACAACAAAGACGACAAUUUUCAACUUUAACUACUCAGCAAUUUAAUGUUCAAGUGCCGCUGCCUCCACCAGUACAAGAACCAAUAGCUUAUCAACCUCGCUUACCAUCACCACCUCAGUUUGAAUUCCUUCAAGAAGAUUACGUUCUUGAAGAAUUUCCCGAUCCAAAAAUUCCACAUUUCGAAGAAUAUCAUGUAAAAGAAGUUUCACCUCCGAAAGCUCAAGAAAUUAUUGUGCAACAGCAAGGUCAACCACAAUCUAUUCCGACUCCAAUGCCACAAUUCUCAUGGGCAAAUAUGUUGAGAGAAAAUCUCCCAGCACCUCCAACGCCUGUCAUACCACAACAACAAACUCAAGCAUAUCCACAAUCAACUUCGAGAUCAGUGAUUUCAAAGGAUUCAAGAGAAUCACAAACAUUGCCUUCUCAUGAGCCAAAGAGAGAACCUCGUAAAAAAUCAAGAAAAGCUAUUGUUGAAAUCAAUCAAUAUUUAGUCUCAGAAACUAGUCAAAGUAAACAGGAUGACACAUCCAACGAGCCUAAGCCAAAUGUUGUUCAACCAUCUGAAGAUUUAAGUUCAGAUACCAAUGAAAGAGGUUCUAAAAGAAAACGAAAUCGAAAGAAAAAAGGUGGAAAAGAUGAAAUUAUAACGAUUGAACAAGAUGAGCCAAACAAGCAUGAUAUUGAUUUGCAGCAUUCAGAAAUCUCUGCAAAGACAGUCAUAAUUCAAGACAUUCAACCUGAAUUACCAGAAGAAGUUGAAAUAACUCGAGAUUCUCUUAAAAAGAAAAGAAAGAGAAACAAGAAAACCAGACAAACAUCACACAAGUCAUCUGAUGGUGAUAAUGAAUAUCACGAUGAUUUCGAUGAUACAAAAUUGAAACAAAAAAUAGAAAUUGAACAGUUUGAAGUCUCUGAAAACAUUCCAAUUAAUUUAACAUCAUUACAAGAUAAUGACACUACCUCAGCCGUGCCAAAUAUAGCAUUUACUACAAAGGAACAAGACAAUAAUGUUGAGCCUGUUAAAUAUGAAAUUGCAUUUAUUGAAACUGAGAAAUUUGAAGAAUCUCAACAGCAACCGCAAAUUCAUUUUGAGGAUACAAGCGUUGAUGUAACAGACAUCAAGAGUGUCAGUGAAAUAGUUGAAGUGAUAAAUGAAACAAAACUAGAUGUUGAUGAAGUAAAUAAGAGUUCUUCUGUUAUCCUUGAGUAUCCUUAUGAGUUAAACCUUAAGUUUAAAACCACAGAGCUUGACUUUUCCCCUGAAAGUGAAAAAAUUAUUGAAAAACCUGUUGAAUGUGUAGAUUUCGUUGAUGAAACCGUUGCGCAAAUUCUCGAUGAUAAUUUGAAAAACGUAGAACCAACACAAGAAAAUAUUUUUCCUAAUGAGUUAGCGAUAUCUGAAAAUGUUUUAAAAAUGAAUAAAUCAAUUGAUCAGGCUUUAGAGCCGGAUCAAGAUACUGUUGAUAAUGUAGGUAACGAUAUAUUGGGUACAAUAUACCCAACGAACGAAGUCAUUUCUCAGGAAAUCAAUCAGAAUGCGGACAUUGAAACUGAAGUUAACGGAAAAAAUAUCAUCGUUGAAAACUUAACAGUUAUAUCUGAAAUAGUCUCUGAUGUUAUUUACAAAGAUCAAGAUAUUACUAUUCAGCCUUCCCAUGAACUCGACGAUACGGUAAUCAUUCCAUUCAACUCAGAUGAAAAGAUAGAAACAGAAACUUUACCUAAACAAAGUAUUAUGCCAUUAGAAACAGAAAAGGAACCAGAAAAUAUUUUUGACGCUCCAUCAGAAAUGAAUACUGUAAUUCACGAGUGUCAACCUGAUUUUUCAAAAAAUGUUGAAAUAUUUGCCACUGACGAGUUCAAAACUGUGGAAGAUGUUGCGCACAAACCAAUGCAAGAUAAGGACGCAACUAAAGAACACUCAGUAAGUGAAUUCAUAAUAACUGAGUCCAAAUUCAAUAUUCCGAUUGAUAACGAAAAAGAAUCCAUUAUAACCGAGGAGACUGUUUCCAAAACUCAGCCUAGAGAUGAAUCACAAGCAAUCAGAACUGUCAUUGAAAGUUUCAUUACAAUGGAGUCUUUUGCUCCCGUUGCUCCUGAAAACCAGGAAGUAAUUGAAGCACCUACACAUGAGAUAAACGAAGAACAAUUUAUCCAAGAACCUAUUGUUCAGCAACAAGAACCUGCUGUUGAAAUGAAACCUGAAAAUGACAACUUUGAAAUGAUUGUUGUGAAAGAAACAAUAGUUCAACCUGUCGACAUUCAGCAAACUGAAACAGAAUCAAUCGCACCUGAAGUUACUGAAGAAUUACACAAGAAAGAAAAGCCUACGAAAAAGAAACGUGAAAAGGCGAAGAAAACUAAAUCAACUGAUUCUGAUGAAACAGCUGUCAGAGAUCCUAUGAGUGUGUUCCACAGAACUGAUACAAUUGAUCAACUUCAUCCACAGUUCGGUCAAUCUUUCGCUGAAGUUGUCGGUGUUUCCGAAACUCAGCCUGAAGAUGAAUCACAAGCAAUCAGAACUGUCAUUGAAAGUUUCAUUACAAUGGAGUCUGUGGCUCCCGUUGCUCCUGAAAACCAGGAAGUAAUUGAAGGACCUACACAUGAGAUAAACGAAGAACAAUUAAUCCAAGAACCUACUGUUCAGCAACAAGAACCUGCUGUUAUUGAAGAAAUGAAACCUGAAAAUGAAGUCAACUUCGAAAUAAUUAUUGUGAAAGAAACAAUAGUUCAACCUGUCGACAUUCAGGAAACUGAAACAGAAUCAAUCGCACCUGAAGUUACUGAAGAAUUACACAAGAAAGAAAAGCCUACGAAAAAGAAACGUGAAAAGGCGAAGAAAACUAAAUCAACUGAUUCUGAUGAAACAGCUGUCAGAGAUCCUAUGAAUGUGUUCCACAGAACUGAUACAAUUGAUCAACUUCAUCCACAGUUCGGUCAAUCUUUCGCUGAAGUUGUCGGUGUUUCCGAAAAUCAGCCUGAAGAUGAAUCACAAACAAUCCGAACUGUCAUUGAAAGUUUCAUUACAAUGGAAUCUCAUCCUGGAAGCAAUGAUGCUGAGGAAGCUUCUGAUAGGGUUGUUCAUCAAGAUGAUGUGGAAGUCAAGAGCUCUGAGACAACUUCUAAAAUUGACAAGCCAUCAAGAAAAAAGAAAAAGGCGAAGAAAUCUAAAUCAAAUGAUCCCGACGAUAAUCAAACGAAUGUUUCCACCGAUCAAGCCUUAAAUGAUCAGAAGCAUUUGAAAGAUUUUGAAAAGCCUGAAGGCUUGGACGAGGAAGACUUAAAAAGGCAGAUUUCUCAAGAAAUAGCUGAUCUGUCUGAUAAAAUAAUUUCACAGAUUAAAAAAGAAAUAGAAAUUUCUAGCAAUAUUGACGAUGGACAAAUUUUGCCAGAUAACGAGGAAAGAAAAUCUGAGGAUGUAGUAAAAGACGCGAUUGAGAGCUUUGUUGAAAAUAUAUCAAAUGAAUCUGUUGAUGAUUCAGAACCAACCGAGAAAAUUGAAAAGCAUGAAAGUACUUUCUCAGGACUCAUCGGUUCGUUGGUUAAAAAAGUCUCAAAACCAUUUUCAGGAAAAGAUAAAAUUGAAGCAGAUAAAGUAGAGCAGAUAACAUCACUGGACACACCGGAUAACGAUAUCGGGAAUAUUUUGGAACCAAUUGAGAAUUUAAAGAAAGUUGAAAACAUUGAGAAUUCACCUGAAAUUCAGACACAAGUAGAAUCAGAAAUUGUCACAGGUUCAAACGAAAUUUCUAAAACUCCAGAAAAGCUUUCAGAUAUUAUAUCAUCAUUUAUAACAACUGAAACAGAAUUUUGUAAUUUAGAAGUCAUUCAGGCUCCCGUCCGGAAGAUAAAAGAUGAGCAGAUGCAACAGAUUGGAGAGGCUGACACGUCUGAUGCUAUCGGUCAAAAAACAUUACCCUAUGCAAUGGAACCUGUUAUUAGCGAGCACGUUGUACUAGAAGAAAUGAAAGAAUCACCAAUUCAAGAAAUAGAACUUAAUGAAACUUCAAACACGCAAGGAAAUAACGUUAUAGAGUCAAUUGUAAAAGAAGGCGAUUCUAGAAUUAAAGAACCAGUUAUUAUGGAACUUGUGAAUGAAUCAACACCUAUUGAAAUAGCAUCUGAAAUUAUAAAUGAAACAUUAACACAGAAGAAAGAGAAACCUACGAAAAAGAAACGUGAGAAAGCAAAGAAAACUAAAUCCACUGAUUCUGAUGAAACAACUGUUAACGAUCCUAUGAGUGUGUUCCACAGAACUGAUACAAUUGAUCAACUUCAUCCACAGUUCGGUCAAUCUUUCGCUGAAGUUGUCGGUGUUUCCGAAAAUCAGCCUGAAGAUGAAUCACAAGCAAUCAGAACUGUCAUUGAAAGUUUCAUUACAAUGGAGUCUUUUGCUCCCGUUGCUCCUGAAAACCAGGAAGUAAUUGAAGCACCUACACAUAAGAUAAACGAAGAACAAUUUAUCCAAGAACCUAUUGUUCAGCAACAAGAACCUGCUGUUGAAAUGAAACCUGAAAAUGAAGUCAACUUCGAAAUGGUUGUGAAAGAAACAAUAGUUCAACCUGUCGACAUUCAGCAAACUGAAACAGAAUCAAUCACCCCUAAAGUUACGGAAGAAAUACAUAAGAAAGAAAAGCCUACGAAAAAGAAACGUGAAAAAGCGAAGAAAACUAAAUCAACUGAUUCUGAUGAAACAGCUGUCAGAGAUCCUAUGAGUGUGUUCCACAGAACUGACACAAUUGAUCAACUUAAUCCACAGUUCGGUCAAUCUUUCGCUGAAGUUGUCGGUGUUUCCGAAAAUCAGCCUGACGAUGAAUCACAAACAAUCAGAACUGUCAUUGAAACUGUCUCGACUUUAAAAUCAGAGCCUCAAAUGUUUAAAGAUGAAAAAACCUCUGAACAACAACCAUUAACAGAUUCCAAUAUUCAAUUCGAGGGAGUAGAAGUCGAUAAGAAAGAAAUUAUUCCUGUAGAUUCAGAAACACAUGUUGAAGUUGAGCUGCUUAAGCAAAGCGUUGAAGCAUUUUUGUCUUCGGAGUCUAACCAGGAUAAUGUUUCAGAUGAAUUAAAAGAAACAAAUUCAACAGUUCAAGAAGUCUCAGAACUUCUUACUGUAAGACCACCUAUAGUAGAAAUCGUUGCAAAAACUGCUGAUGAAGUUAUUAAUAACGCUAAUAUUCGUGUCGAAGAGCCACGUCAAUUAAGCGAAGAACGUGAAAAAAUACAUUAUGAACCAAUUUUACAAGACAUAUUCAAAACUAUUAAAAAUGAGAUCAUUGCGGAUCCUGAUCAGAAGCAAAUUCAAGAUAUCGUUAAAGAAUUUGCUGAUGAAGUUACUAAAGAAGUUUUGCCCGCAACUUCUAGUACAAUAACUGAAACAACAAUAACAUCAAAUGAUACGAAAACAAUUCCUUUUACUCCUUUAUCCGAACAAUCCCUUCCUAAAUUAUCCAGCCCUCCUGAAACAGGUCACGAUAGCCAUGAUUACGAUGUUGAAAGUACUUUGAAUGUGAAGAUGACCCUCGAAGCAGAGGCUCAAAGAUUAUUAAAUCUCAUCUCAACAGUUUCAUCGGAUAUUCACCGCAUGCCUAGAGACAAUCUAGAUCAUAUGCUGGAAACCCUUAAUAUCCUCCUUAAAAAGUUGGAAUGCUAUAAGAUUGACCUUGACACGUUGAUCGAAAGCAGCAAAGCUUAUCCCAAAGAAGAAGAAAUGAAAAAUAAUUUAUCAUCUCUCAACAAAAAACUUUCUUCUCUUCUCCUUCGCACCGAACAUCAAAUUGCUAUUACCAAAGAAGCUAAAGAUAAUCACGAGAAACAUCAAGCGGAAGUUGAAAAAUACAAAAUCAUUCUCAUGGGCAUUGAAGAAUGGCUGAAGCCAAUUCUUUUGUCAGUGGAAAGUUUCAGUAGUCAACCAGUAGAUGAAAAAGAUGCCCAACAAAAGAUUAAUGAGCUUCAAAAUAUUUUGAAUCAAUUAGAAGAGAAAGAAAAUCUUGUGAAGGAAAUUCACGUCGAUUGUGAACAAUAUGGAUCUCAAUAUGGAGACGUACAAAAGUUCAUUAAAGAACUGUUAAUUGGAUUAACAUCAAACAUUCAUGUUAUUCGUGAAAAUCAAGCAAUCAUUCAUGGAUAUUUGGAUAAUCUAAAAGAAGCUCCGAAAGAUGUUCCAGUUCAAGAAGAAUUUUAUCAAACAAGAACUUCUGUUGAUGACCUUAAACCGGAAACUCAAGCAAUGUCUACGCAAACAUUGGCUGAACAACCAUCUACAGACAACAUAAUGGUUAUUCAGUCAAUGAAUGCUGAAGGCGAGACAAUUCAGAUUUACAAUAGACCUUAUAGCUAUGAAGAAGGUAAAGAAGAUGAAAGGAAUGUCAUCGUGGAAGCAAAAUACAUUCGAGGUCAUACUGGUGAACCUAAACGAGCAUCAGAAUUAUCUUUGAAAAAUGUUCCAAAACAUUUUGAAACAACAUUUGUUGAACCCGAUGAAACAACAACUGAAAUAAUUGUCGAUCCGGAUGGUUCUAAGAGAAUCAUUGUUCGUAAACUUACGAAAACUACUCAACAAAUUGUUGAACGUGGAGAAUACGAAGAUGACACCUUACCUGAACAUAUUCGUGCUCAACUUGGAAUGAGUGGUACAACUCAUGAUGUCAUAGUUGGAUCUCAAGUUGAUCCUUCCUUAGAACAACAUCCAGGCAUUACAGAGUCUUCUUUGCAUGCUGUUAUCGAACAUGUAUCACACCGUGUUAUUAAAAAGACUCGUAGAAUCGUUAAGAAGAUUGUAAUAAUUGAUGGAAAGGAACACAUCACAGAAGAAGUUGUUGAAGAGCCAGACGAAAUAGAAGAAUUUAGUGAAGAUCGACCUGCUAUUGAAUACGAAGUAAUUCGAACAGAGCAUUGUCCAAUCCAACAAGAAAUUAUUGAAUCCGCUCCUGAAUCACCAAAAGUCAUCACUGAAAUCAUUUCAGUCACUCAAGAAGUCACAAAAACCAUUCCACCUACUGAAGAGAAACAUGAAGAAAUUUCAUCGCCGAUUGAAGAAAGGAUAAUUGAAGCAGUUGUAAUUCAACCUGAGGAACCCGUUGGAACUGAAGGUGAAAAACAACCUGAGCAGGUAUUUGAAACAAUCACUGAAGCACCAGUAGAGUUGAUCGCUUCCGAAGUAGAUAAAUUGGCACCAAUUGAAGAUAUUUCAAGUAUUUGGCCAUAUGAAACACCACAUAUUGCAACCCAUACAACAGUUGAUAAAUCAGAAAGUUUUGAAUUGCCUGCUCAAACACAGCAAGAUGAAGAGUCAAUUAAGAUUUGGCCACAAAAUUUGACCAUUGGAUCAAAUAUUGACUUCAAUGAUUAUUCGUUUGAUCGCACGUUAGAAAAAUCUUCCGACAAUUUAGAUAACGACAGUUUUGUUAAUGUUGAUUCAGGUUUAGAAAACUUACCAAUCGAAGAACCAUUGCCAAUUGUCAGUAGAAGUGCUGAACCUGUAGUGGAAGAACCAUUGAAAACUGAAGAAAUUAAAUUACCCACUGAAAUUGAAAUAAUCACCAAUGUUAUAACUGAAAAAGUUAUUGAAGAACCGAUUGUAAAAGAAACUGAACCUCAACAAACAUCUGAAGAAAUUCGUCCUGAAGGUCCACCACAAAUAGCGACAAUUACGAUUGUUAAAACGAUAACAAAAGAAAUUGAACCUCAACGAAUAUCUGAAGUCGAACCUAAAGAAAUCAUUGAAAAAAUCAUUGAGAAGAUACAAGAAACAGAUGAAGUCAAACCUGAAGAAAUUAUAGAAACAGUCACUGAGAUAAUAACAGAAAGUGAACCACAACAAAUAUCUGAACCAACACCUGUAGAAAUUAUUGAACAAGUUUUCGAAAGAGCAAAGGAAACUGAACCAGAACAAGAAGAGAUUCGCCCAACAAGUCCACCACAAAAAGCAACUAUCACGAUUGUCAAAACAUUGACAUUCUUGGAGGAAGAACAACGAGUCAACUCUCAAGCUAUGAUGUUUGUUUCAAAGGAACCUUUAACUGAAGUUAGUGGAGAAGUUUCUGAUAUUCCCCAAGUUGAAGAAGUUGCUGAAGAUAUUCAAAAAGUCAUCGCACCUUCUGAUGAAAAUGUCGUAUUUGAAGUUGUUGAAAAUGUGUUAGAAACAUCUCAAGCUGACCGAUCAUUACCUGAAGAAAUUAUCGAAAAUGUUAAAGUUAUGUCACCAACUAAAGAUAUUGACAUUGCUGACGAAACUUUAGACAUAUCACAAGCUGAUCGCUCACUUCCUGAAGAAGAAAUUGUUCAGCAACUCAUAGAACCUGAUGACGUCUUUGAACCAGCAGAAAGAUCUACUGUCACUGUUGAAAUUGUUACAAAAACAAUAACAAUGGAACAAGAUAAAGAAAAACCAGAAGAAAUUCCUGUAGAAGUACAAAAGGUUGCGGCAGCUUUAGAAAAACACGAGUCUUUCGAAAUGGAACCAACAGCACCACCCGCAGAGGAAGUUUUAACUUUAAUAACUGCACCAAGUUCUCAACCAAUUGUUGAAGAAUUUGUGAUGGAAUAUGAAGAAGUUAAACCUUCGAAAAAUAUUCUUUCACAAACUGAAAUGUUUAUUAAUCUUGAGAAGGAAAAUCUCACUGAAGAACUUCCUAAAGAACCGACAGAAAUCAAACAAAUUAACAUCAUUUCGGAAAUUGAAAAAGUUUCUGAAAAGGUUCCGGAAGAGAAGAUCUCUGAAGAAAAACAACCAGAAAAAAUAAUUGAAAUAAAGGAAGAAGUUAAACAUGAACCACCCGUUGAAUCCCCAACUCAAAAAGAUGAAAAACCGGAAGAAGAACAAUUCGAAACUUUCCAUGUGACAUUGAAAGUUGAUCCAAGUGAAGUGACAAAAGUGAAUGUAAAUCUUCAAGAACAAAUCCCAGCUUCAGAAAGUCCAUCAGAAAAUAUAAUGAGCGAAGUUGAACCGGAAGUUAAAAUGCCACCACCGGAACCAACCACAAGUGAUCUUCAAACAGGUGUUUCGGGUUAUGAAGCUGAACGAACUGAUCAAGACGAUAGUAAAUCAUCAGAUGACAAAAAGAAGAAAAAGAGAAACAAGAAGAAACAAAAAGUGAAGCCUGAAGAAGUUCCAUCAGCUAUUCCAAAGUCAACUGAAGCUUCUAACAAAGACCGAACUGAAAUAGUUUCAUCUGAUAAUGAUGGAACAGCAAUGCCUGAAGAAGAAAUAUUACCAGAAGGAAGAGAAGAAAUUCUUUCACCUGACGAAUCUUGUCGAACGAUUUCCGAUGUUGAUGACACAACUGUACGAAUUCUGGAAGAAGCUGUUAUUGCAAGUCCACCUGAAUCUCUGCAAGAACAACCUGUUUCUGGAAUUGUAUAUCCUGGUGCUGUCAUUGAAGUCACUUAUGUUGGAGAUAAUGAACAACAAACUGAACCUGUCACUUUGGAAACAUCUUCUGUUAAGGAACCGAUUGAAAUUGAUACAAAAGAAGUUCAAGUUGUGACAGAUACAAUUGAAAAUCAAACUCAAAUGUCACCACGAGCUCCUCAAACAACUGAAAUUUCUAUUCAAACUAUUGUCAUGGAUUUCAUUGAAUCUGAAAGUCAAACGAUCGCUCCAUUAAUAAGUGACAAACCGGAGAUUAUUCAGCAAGAACAAGAAAGUCAAACUGAGGCUUCUCCACAGCAAGAAAGUUCUAUGCAAACAGCACGUGUCGAGACAAGUGAAGGAAAUGUUCAAACUGAAGAUACACGAAAGUCAGAUGAAGCUCAAAAGAUUGGCGAAUUGAUUGUUACUGAAAUAAUCUUAAAAGCCGUCCAAGCUGCCGAACCAUCACCGCCAGUUCAAGAAGAACCCAAGCAACUUGUUGAAACAUCUCACAUGGAAACUCAAACAUCAAAAGAAAAGAAGAAGAAGAAAAAAGACAAAUCAAAAGAUGGAAAAAUGGAAGUUGAGAUUCAAACAACAAUCAUGAGUCAACCUGAUCAAGUUGAACGUUCUCAAAUCGCUGUUUCACUUGCUCCUGAAAUUGGAAAGGCUGACAACAUUGACGUUCAAGUUUUAAUCGCAACUCCAGCAAAAUCUGAUCCUAACAGCGCAGUACUUCAAAGAUUAAAUGACAUUAUGCAUAUUGAGACGAAUGAAGGUCCAAAGAAACCUCAAGAAUUUGCACUUUCGCAAAAUUUGAAUAAUCUCAUCAAUAAUAUUGAUGAACAAGGCCUUGAGUUGGUUCCAUGGGGUGAAGUUCAAUACAUGAUUGAUGCUAAUGUCGAAAAUCGUCGUAUCAACAGCAAUGCUGAUCCGAUAAUGGAUUAUAUUGUUGAAGAACCUGAAGAUUUAGACGAGAAACUUAAUGAAUCUUUGGAGAAGGUUGAACAUUAUGUGAACAUUUUACCAGAAAUCGUCAACAGCGGUGAAGAUCGCAUUUCACAAAAGACAAUCAUCAUCAUUACAAAAGUCAUUGUCACAUGCUUAGAGCAAAUCGAAAGAAGAAUUUACUACAUUAAACAGAAGAAGUCAAAAGAUCAUCAAGAUCAGAAGGAACUUGAGAGACUUGAAAAAGUUCUUAUUACUCUAAGACAAAAUGUUGCACCUUUACAAAAUCCACAAAUGCGUGAAGAUAUCAAUCAUUGCAUUGACACUUUGCAACAGCAUGUCAAACUUGAUAAAGAAAAUCAAAACAUUGUCAUGAAAGAAGUUGAAAAUUAUUACGCUGAGCUUGGAAAUGUUGACGAUGCUAUCAAAGAAUUGGAACAUGAUACAAUAAUGCUUGAAGACAAACUUCGUUACCUUCUUCACAAUGACGCACCAAUUGAUGAUAAGCUUCGACAACUUGAAGAUUUAGAUCACCUUUCCAAAGAGAACAAAAAACUUGCCGCACGUUUAAUUAAAUUAAACAAUCUCAAUGACGACCAUGCAAAUGAGAUUCGUUCGUGUUACGAUCGCACAAGAGAAGCUGAAAAUAACAUUCGCUUAGAGAAACGUAAGCUUAUCCAACUUGCCAAUCUCUCUGAAGAAUAUGUUCAGACCAUCAAUGAAUUCUCUCAAAUAACUUUGAUUGCAAAUUCACUUGUCGACAGAAAUGUUGUCACUAAUAGUUUGGAUCAUCUUCAUAAUGAGAUUCAACGACAUCGGAAAUUCUUCGUGAACUUAAAUCAUUGUCGAAAUAUUCUUGAAUCUCUUGAGAAGAAUCUUGACCCUGAAACACGUCAGAAACAUUCGCAGUUGCACAAUUCCUUACAUCAAAAGGCAACAGUCAUUCUUGAGAAAGCUGGUGAUCGUUCACAAAAACUUUCACUAGCAGCUUCUCGAUGGACUGUUCUUGAUAAGCGAAUGAUGAAUGAAGAACAGUGGCUUCAAGUUGCUGAACAACGAGUUCCAGAUUUGUCGACAGUUACUUCAGCAGACUACGAACAAUAUGUGACACUUUAUCAAUCACUUAACACCGACAUCACAACACAUCAAGCGAAAAUGCUUCAAAACUAUGAAACAGCAGUAAAACUUCAAGAUUUAAUUUGUGCACCUAAUCUCGAAACGAGAUGCAAUGAUGCAUUAACGAAACUUGUUAAGAUCAAAGAAGAUGUCAAUAUGUAUCUUAAGAAGCUUUUACACUUCCGUAACAUGUGGAACGAUUACAACAUAAAUGCAGAUAGAUUAGAAAAUUGGAUGAAUCAUGUUGAUGACGAAUUGAAUCGAAUUGAAAUUCCUGAAAAUUUUAUUGAUUAUCCUGUUGAAAAUAUGAGAAAUUUCUGGGAGAUCAAAGCUCAGUACGAGUUCAAUAAUCAAAUUCAUAAAAAUGUUUGUGACAGUUUCGAGAAGUCACUCAAGAUUAUUAGCAUUGCUGAUGAUCGACUUCAAUUACAAUUCUACGCUCAAAUAGAAGAUCGUUGGCAAAAUAUCUCAAAACGAAUUGAUGCAAUUAAAAAUCAAAUCACCGAAAACAUUUCGUCAACUUGUCCAUCGUUUAACGAUAAGCUUUCGUUCCUUGAACGUGAACUUGAUGAGUUGAGAUUUAUAAUUGAUAACACCAAAGGUAUCAUUCGAAAUCCAGAAGAACUUAAUCUUUAUAUUGAAAGAUUAAUUGUGUUGAGAAGUAGAGUUGUUGUUGUUGAGAAUGAACUUGUUACCAUCGGUUUCAUAUCAACAAACGAUACUGAGAGAGUCGGUGAACUUUGUGAGAAAGCACACAAAGUUUCCUUGAACAUCACCGAAGAGCUUGAACUUGCUGAUUUAUGCAAAGGAAGAUUAAAUACUCUCAGACAAGAGAUUGGAAACAUUCGUGAAAAUCAAGUUGAUUUCUAUGAAAAUCUUUCACAAUUUGAAAAUGCAUCAAAGCUUGAAAGCGCUGCAAUUGACAAAGCUCUUGCAGAUUGUCAAGUGAUGCGUGAAAAUCUUGUUUCACAUUGGCAAGAAAUCAUGAGAGUUCGUCAUCUUCUUCAUACUCUUCCAACAGGAUUAAGAAUGUCAGUGUCACCAGUUGACGUUGAGAAAGAAAUUUCUCAAUUAGAAGAUGAAUAUGUUGACAUCGAAAAGCGAUUGUGCGACAUUGAAAAUCUUUUGAAAACUCGCUACACAUUGUGGAAGCGUUUUGAGAAACAACUUGAAGCUAUUCAACAAUCAAUCCAAGAAACUGACUUCAUGGUUGAACUUUUAACAGUUCAUGGAAACAUCGAUUAUGAUCGAUUACUAAAAGCAACAGAAAGAUUAGAGGGACUUUAUGACGAGUUGGGUUCAAGAGAAAAUAGUAUAGAAGAUUUGAAAAUCUAUGCGCAACCUCUUACCGAGUUCUGUGAUGAGCACGUGGUGCAAGACAUUGAGAAUUCAAUGCAACGUGCUAUGGUGAAAUGGAAUGAAACAAAUGACAAUCUCAAACAAAUUUGUGACAAAUAUAAGGGAGCAGUGAAGCUUUGGCGUAAAUAUUGUGAAGACAGCGAUGCAAUACGCAAUGUUAUUGAUCAACAUUACGGUAGCGCAGAUGAUCUCAUGGAAGAAAAAUCAGAGGAAGAAAUUCAGGUUUUAGAAAAUGCGCUCGCAGUUCAUCGCGAGAAGCUUCACGACUUACAAAAGGUUGCAGCACAAAUCAGUGAAUUUGUAGGAUCUGACACAUCAAUUCAAAUUGAUUCUGACAUUUUGGAUUUGGAUCGACAAUUAAGUGAAAUUGUGCAAUCAAUCGAAGCUUGUAAAAACUCUUCAAACAGCAACAAUAAACUGCAAGCUGUCAGAAAAAGCACCGUGACAAAAUCCCACAAUUUAAUUGACAACAUAAGCGAAGAUUUACGACAAAAGAAGCCAGCAAAUGACGAAGACCAACUCGUGCUUCUGAGAUCGCAUCUGCUUAAUCUUGCAGUGAUUUCAAAAGAUUUAGACAAUCAAAAAUCUUCGACGACAAUGAACAGUGAUGACAAUAAUUCGAUAGUUGAGACAUUGAACGCCCUUCAGAAUUUGUUCAAAGAAACUAUCACUGAAUAUAAUAAAUUAUCGUCACAACUCGUUCAUAGUUCCGACAAUAAAGUUAUAUUUAAGAUAUGGUUGGACUACUUAAACCAUGUUUGGUCAUUCCUACAAUCACCUUUACCCUCGGACUACAACGUUCUUAAGGAACAACUUCAUUUGUGCAAAAUUCAUCAAAAUCUCAUCACAAAUCAACGCAAUGCUCUGAUGCAUAAAAUCAGCGUUGAAAAGUCACCGACUGAGAGUCUCGACGAGUUUAAGAACAAACAUGUCGAUAUACUUAAUCACUUAAAUGAACGACAAAGAGAAAUUGAAUCAAGACUUGAUGCUUGGGAGAAAUAUCGAAAACGUCAAUCAGCUUUGUUGGAAUCGAUCGAUGAUAUUGAAAGAGAGAAAUCUCUCCUACAAUUGAAGCACAUUUACUUGAAACUUGUGCCGAAAACUAAAUCACAAAUUGACGAAAUUUUAUCGAAAGUUUCUGAUGCUGAAAAUGGUGUCGUUGAGAUGAAGAACAAUCAAGGAAAUCUUUUGAAUUUCAUUGACGAUGUAACAUCAUCAUCAUUGAGAUUAGAAUUCAGUUCAACACAACAAAGAUUAGCAAACAUUCGCGCAAGUCUUGAGACAUGGAUGGGAUUCUUGAUGAGAAUUAAAGAGUUGAACAAAACUCAUGACUUCCAAGUGAAAUCAAUUCAAGAUAAUUAUCAACGACAGUUGAACUUCCUUAACAGCAUGAAGAACGAAGUUGCAACUAAUGUCGGCAACUCAAAACAACAGCUGGAAGUAUUAAAAGACAAACAAAAGUCGUUAAUCGACAUGAAAACAGAACUUGAAGCGUUAAAUGCGUUGAAAGAUGAAAUGAAAGACUACGUCAGCACUUACGACAUAAAAAUGAUACGACAAUCUAUUUGGAUUCUUUGGCAACAGUACACUGACCUUAACUAUGAAUAUUCGCUUUUGGUGAAUCGAAUUGAAGAAAGAAUUUGCCUACAAACAGAAUUUGUUAUCCGAUACGAAAAUCUUAUGUUUUGGUUGAAUGAGACGGAAGGUCGAUUGAUGGAAGCGUCAACACAGAAAUUCCAACAACAUCAAAGCCCUGAAGAUCCUUACAUGAAGCAUUAUGCGAAUAAUAUUCUUGAAGAUUUCGCUUUGAAGGAAUAUGAUCGCAAAUGGAUUAAAUCAGUUGGCAAUGAACUUUUGAUGCUUUACUCAUCUGAUCAAAACUUUGACACACCUGAAAAAAUUGACAUUGAAUGCAAGUUAGCAAACUUAAAUACAAAAUGGAAUCAUUUGAAAUCACUUUACGACAGUCGAUCAAGAAAAGUCAAUGAAAUCAAAGCGACUUAUUACAAUCUUGAUGCACGCAUAAGUGAAAUUCGUUCGUGGUUGUUUGAGACAGAGAAGGAACUUUUGAAGCCUUUUGUGUUUGAACAACCUAACAAGGAAUCAUUCGAGAAACAGUUGUUUGAGUAUGAAAAGGUGCAACGUUCAGUUGAGAACAACAGCGCAAAUGUCGCUGAGAUUUUGAAUCUUAGUGAGAUGGUUUUGAGUGAAUUGCGUAACUUUGACAUGGAGAUGACAGUGAAGAAUUUGGAUUUGGCCAUCAAUAAUAUCGAGUUUAGAUGGAAGAAACUUUGUGAGUCGUUGGUUCAAAGGAAGCGGUCAUUGUUGAUGCUUUGGAAUACUUUGGAUGAACUCACAACGACAACAAAUCUCAAUGCAAAAUGGUUGACCGAUUGUGAUAAAUUAUGUACCAACAUUGAAUCACAAUCGAUGACUAAAAUGUCCAAACCAAUGGCACUUAACAACAUAAAAGAACUUAAUGGAUAUCUUGAGAAAAUCGCAAGUGAAACUCAAACAUUCUCCAUUCUCGAGAAACUUUACAACACAGUUUUGACAGCAAAUGUUGAUAAAGCUAUCGAAGUAGCUGAAAAUGCAAGAAAAUCUUUGAUGGAAAAUUCAUCGGAAGAAGAACGAAUGAGGUUGAAAGCAGUGUACGAUGAAUAUUGGACACUCUUUAUCAGUAUUAAAGCAAAUUAUGGUGAAAUGCAAUUGGAAUUCGACGAUGUCAUGUCAAGAAUGGCUGUCGACGAGAGAGAUGCUGCUGUUCAAGUGAACACAUUGCAAACUCAAGCAGCAGCAGUUUCACCUAAAGAUGCUUACAAAUAUGAAAUUCAAACUGCAAUCAACGAAUUCAGUGACAACAUUGAUGAACUUGAGAAAGUUUUACAUGAAACUGGAGACAAUGACACUGGUGUGAUAUCAAAGACAGCUUCUCAGAAAGUCAGCAAAAAUAUUGCGGCUUGUGAAUCAUCACUUGAGUUACUUAAGUAUUUGAAUAGUUUACUUAUCAACGAUUUUGAUUGUGAUGAUGACGAAGCACACACGAAAGAAAUUGAAAACCUUUACGAUAAAUUCCGAGUUUAUCUUGAACUUUGGACAACAAAAAGAGAAGCAAAGAAGAAAGUUGUAUUCAAGCAACAUUCUGAAUCAGAUUGGAAGUCUUGCCCCUUCUGUAGUCAAAGGAAUUGGCAGCAAAUCGACAAUGACUUGUGGCGACUUGAACAAUGGCUUCACGUCGCUGAGAAUGAAAGAAGAACACAAACAUCACCACCAUCAAAUAUUGAAGAAUUGGAAGAUGUGAUUCAAGAUCAUCGGGAAUUCCUGUUGAAUCUUGACAGUCACAAAAGCAUCAUUUCAUCACUUAACACAGUUGGAGAGCAUUUGGCUCUUCACACAUCCGACACCGAAAAAGCCUCAAAUCUUCGUAAACGUCUCCUCGACAAUAACAUUCGUUGGGAGAACAUUUGCCAACAUGCAACUGUUUGGCAACGUAAACUUCAAGAUGCACUCAUUGGAAACCGAGAGUUCCACAAAAUUAUUAACGAAUUCAAUUUAUGGUUGGAAGAAACUGAACGGAAGAUAAAGAAGUUUGAGCCGGUUGAUCUCGCUUCAGAGCGAUCGAUCAUGGAAUCGAAGUUUACACGAUUUAAAGAACUCAAAUGCGAAAUCGAACGAUGCGAACCUAGAGUUAUAAGCUUACAAGAAAAUUCUGCGCAAUUAUUGAAGUCAACGAACGACGAUGUUGUCGCUAAUGAAACUUAUAUCAAAUUAACUGAUUUAAGUGUUAAAUUAAAAUCACUGAGACGCUUAACAGCCCUUUAUGUCAUCAAACUUGGAGCUGUUUUGGGAUAUGAUGAAGCAUUUAUCAAUGCUCCUUUGACUUCAAGUCAAGUUGGUGAUAUUGGAAGUACAAGCAGUAGUGUUAGAACUUUGGCACCAAAUGAAAAUAUGCAAGAGGGAGAUGCCGAGGAAGAGGACGACAUCAACUACACUGUUCUUACGAGAAGUUAUCGAUUCCUUGGACGAGUAAUGCGUGCAUCACUACCCGUUCAAGCUCUUAUGCUUCUUCUCCUCGGUGCUGUCACUUUAAUCCCUUUGCCUAACAAUGACGAUGGCGGCUAUUCAUGUCUCCUUGUCAACACAUUUGGACGUCUCGGUGAACCAAUGCUAAGAUACAGAAAUGGCAAUCCCCCAAUAUAAAUCGCGCGCACUUUCGUUUGUUUUUUAAUUUUAUUGAUUUUAAUUAAUUUUCUUUUUUGUUGAAUUAGCUUUUAAAUUUAAAAUUAAAUAUCAUUUGUGAAAUUUCCUUAGAACAUCACAUUGAAGAGUCAAAUAAAGGUUUAAAUACUUAAAUAGAAUUCUAAAUAAUAAAUA